CCUCCGCGCCGGGCAGGCAGGCAGGCAGGCGGCUGCGGAGCGCCUGGGCGCCUUUGUAGCGGUGCCGUCGCUUCCCCGGCCUGCCGAGCGCGCCGCGAUGCUGCGCCCUCGGAUGCCGCGCUCGGAGCAGCACUGACGGCGCGCACCAUGAAGGAGCUGCCCGGCGCCUCGCUGCAGAAGGCUUGCCGCCUGCUGGUCAUCUUCUGCGUCCUCCACCUCCUGGCCGUCGUCCUCUACUGCUUGGCCGGCAGCACGCUCAGCUUCCAGUGGCGCCUGGAAGCGGCGGCGCCCCGCGGCCCGGCGCCCUCCCGGAGGGACCCCGCAGCCCCGGCGCCCAAUGCCUCCAAGCCGGACGCCUCUUGCCCCGAGCCUUCUCCGCAUCUGGGUAAGUCCCGGGCUCGGCCGGCCUCUCGCUCUCCAGCUGGCGUCCUCGUGUUCCCCCCACCCACCCUCUCCUUCGCCAGCCCCGACGGCCCUUGGCCCACCACGCUGCCGUCGCGGGUCCCCCCUCCAUCUCCUUAGCCUCUCUCCUCCUGAACCCCACGCGCUUCCCUGGCUCUUCCUCCCAGCCCCCCACUUUCUCCCCCCCCCUUUCCUGUUCCUGCCUCCUCGACGGCCCGUCCUCCUUUCGGAAGCCUCUUCUCAACCCGGGCGCGGAUUCGCGUGCGCCUCUCCUUUCCCUUUUAUACCAUCCCUUUUUUCUUUCCUUUGGAUUAAACGUAGCGGAACUUUCCCCAGGAUAAUAAACAGCUAGCGCGCUGGGUUCGCAAGUUUCUUCCCUAGUAUGGCUUGUUACACAAAGUGGGCAAUGGCUUGGCCUCAACCGUCUGAAAACAGCGAGCAAGCUUUUGAGUUCUUCAGAAUUCUUCGUCGGGCUAAAUAGGACAUGAAACGCGGUGGGUGGGUGUGCCGAGGAACGCAAUGCCCCAUAGCUUUUGUAUCCCUUGUAAAACGGGUGAAGAGGGACAUCUUUUACCCCAUAAAGUCUGUCUGCGCUCUUAUUUGGAAGGGGGCCCCAGCGGAGCUAAGCGGGAGCUCUGCGUAAAUACGCACAGGAUCGGACUGCGUGGCUGCUUAGCGCCAUUGCUCACUUGCGCGCAGGGAACUUCCUUUGAGUUCAGUGGGACUUGGGCUGAAGUAAGCGUGCUUCGAAAUGGGCUGUUGCUCAUAACUUCCUCUUCUGCUACAGCCUCCCCUUUCCUCCCUCAAAGCUCCCCCCACCUUUCCGGAGUCGCUCUUUGAUAGCUCUAAAUCUGUCUUGCUGAAGUGCAACUUUACAGCUCCACAGUGCUACUUCUGACAACGUUUGUGAAAGGAAUAUAAGUGGAUGAAUCACAUGCGCCACGUUGCUGAAGAGGCGCUUCUUCCUCGUUCCUAGACAAACAUGUUCUCUCCCCUUAUUGAAGGAGAGGUGUCGCUGGUUUAACUUUUUAAUUUUAUGUGUGGACAGCUUUCUGGACCCGCCACAGAACCCUGUGAGCAAUCUCCAUUUCUGUAUUGUUCUGGAGCUUUCCCACUGGAAAGAGAACAAACCUCUUUAGCAAGUGUGCCAAAAGUGGUCCAGUGUAUGGCAUAUUGCCAUGCUAGUGUGCACUACUAUAAUAUCCCCUUGCCUCUCAUCUGCUGAACCAGGAACCAGCAGAAAUGCAGGCCUCAGUCUGCUCCAUAGCUAGGCCAGUGGGCAUGCAAAUCUACCUACACAUGCUGUAAUACCUCCAUGUUAAUACAGUUUGCUUUGUUUAUUAUUAAUUUUGCAGAUUUAUAAACUGCCUCCCUGAAGUUUUGUACAGUAAUUUUAUAACCUAGUCAUAUUUUCUUUCUACCAUUGUAGCCUCCUCCUCCUCAGAAUAGUUUGUUAGACAUCAUUUAGGAGCCAAACAUAUCCAGUGGAUAUGUUUCCUUUGAAUCCCUACACAGCAGCAGCAACAACAGGAACUAUGUUUCUGUAAUGUUCUUGCUCUCACCUGCCCACAUUUCUGCAUUCAGUUUUAAUCUUAAGGGUGAUUGCCACACCCUAGCAUCACUAUGCAUGCCAUGGGUUAGGUUAGCAUGCUGGUGUCUCAGGAAAAACAAGUCAGAAGCUUCUCGGAAUUGCCAGAGCUAGGUUUGCAGUUUUGGGGCUACGUGUCCAAAUGGUAUUCAUUCCAGUUCUAAUAUCCAGGGCUGUCUUAAGCAUAUGUGGCGCCGGGGUGCAAAGAUCUGCCCUGACGCCUCCCAGGUUGCCCAGUCCCAGGCGCGCAGGAGGGCGGCGCCAGCCAGCUGCCUCAGUGUCUGACUGGCUCAGCUGCCCCCAAACUCAUGACACAGAGCCGCCCGCUGUGGCGCUCUGACCAACAGGCAGGCUCUUCCCCGGACUCAACUCUUGGGCCCCGGACUCUCAGCCUGGCACCCCUGAGAGCCCGGUGCCCGGGUGCCCUGCACCCCUAGUGCCUAUGGGUAAGACGGCCCUGCUAAUAUCUUUAACAUCCACAUUGCUGUUUCUAUUUAUUUUCACUUCUGUGGAAUAUUUCCCUGGUCAUCAUGCAUGUGCCUUGGGUGCUCCUUUAGCUCAAGGGUGGCAAACCAGUUUUGGUUUGGGUGCUGCGUUCACCCUCCUCAGCUGAGCUGUACAGAUCAGCUUAAAAGGAGCUAUUACUGGUCCCUGCUCAUCAAAUGAAUGAUCUGAAUGCUAGAGGGCAGAACAUUUGCUUUCUUAUCAGGUCACUGAGCUAGGCCAUGGGCAUAGGUGAAGGGACCCCUGACCAUUAGGUCGAGUCAUGGCCGACUUGGGGUUGCAGCGCUCAUCUCGCUUUAUUGGCCGAAGGAGCCGGCGUACAGCUUCCGGGUCAUGUGGCCAGCAUGACUAAGCCGCUUCUGGCGAACCAGAACAGCACAUGGAAACGCUGUUUACCUUCCCACCGGAGCGGUACCUAUUUAUCUACUUGCACUUUGACGUGCUUUCAAACUGCUAGGUUGGCAGGAGCAGGGACCAAGCAACGGGAGCUCACCCCGUCACGGGAAUUCGAACCGCCGACCUUCUGAUCGGCAAGUCCUAGGCUCCGUGAUUUACCCACAGCGCCACCCGCGCCCCAGCCAUGGGCAUAGCCAGGAUUUAUUGGGGGGGCAGGCUUUAUGUUAGGGGGGGCAGAACUGAGUUAUCUGUGAUGCAAUUGGUCAGUUAAGUAUUUUUAUUGAUUUGCUUGAUUGGGGGGGGGGGAGCUGCCCCCUGGCUUCACCCAUGACCUAGGCUAAUAUGUUUGAACUUUUCUGCUCAAACCACUUAAUUCCCCCCCCCCUUUGCUGCUACAAAAACCAGUGGAGUCCUAGAGCGGGCUUCCUCAACCUCGGCCCUCCAGAUGUUUUGAGACUACAGUUCCCAUCAUCCCUGACCACUGGUCCUGCUAGCUAGGGAUCUUGGGAGUUGUAGGCCAGAAACAUCUGGUGGGCCAAGGUUGACGAAGUCUGUCAUAGAGGGUCUGGGGGGGAAAUGGGUUGCUCUCUCUCUCUGUGGGGCUCAUUGGCCCCCCAGGCUAUUCUGUAAGCAGCAAUUUGGAAGUUUUUCUCUUUUUUUAAAUAAAUAUUUAUUAAAGUUUUCACAAUAUUACAUAAUGAAAAAGAAAAAAGAAGAAAUACAAAAUAAAAAACAGUUAAAAACAAUUCCAUCUUUUCAUCGCUUAUCUUUCAUUUGCUUGUUUCCCGGACCUCCUCAUACCUCCCUUUUUUGUAUUCCAGUUCAAUUUAUUAAUUCAGCAAUACCUUUCCCUCCUUAUUUUAUCCUGAUCUUUAUCUUAAUAUAUUAUAGCAUUAAAUUUUUACCUGUUAAAAAUCCAAUUUUUUCAUAUUCUUUUAUACCAUUACAGCUAGAAACCAUUUAACUUCAAUCCAACAUCAUUCUAACAUUCAUUAAUUUUGCAAUAUUUCUGUAAGUAGUCUUUAAAUUUCUUCCAAUCUUCUUCCACCGACUCUUCUCCCUGGUCUCGGAUUCUACCAGUCAUUUCCGCCAAUUCCAUGUAAUCCAUCAUUUUCAUCUGCCAUUCUUCCAGAGUGGGUAGAUCUUGUGUCUUCCGAUACUUUGCAAUAAGUAUUCUUGCUGCUGUUGUAGCAUACAUAAAGAAAGUUCUGUCCUUCUUUAACACCAAUUGACUGACUAUGCCCAGGAGAAAGGCCUCUGGUUUCUUCAAGAAGGUAUAUUUAAAUACCUUUUUUAAUUAAUUAUAAAUCAUCUCCCAGAAAGCCUUAAUCCUUGGGCACGUCCACCAAAGGUGAAAGAAUGUACCUUCAGUUUCUUUACAUUUCCAACAUCUGUUAUCGGGCAAAUGGUAGAUUUUUGCAAGCUUGACUGGGGUCAUGUACCACCUGUAUAUCAUUUUCAUAAUAUUCUCUCUUAAGGCAUUGCAUGCCGUAAACUUCAUACCUGUGGUCCAUAACUGUUCCCAGUCAGCCAUCAUUAUGUUAUGUCCAACAUCUUGUGCCCAUUUAAUCAUAGCAGAUUUCACCGUUUCAUCCUGAGUAUUCCAUUUCAAUUUGUAAGUUUUUCAGAUAUUGUCCAUGCUGAAUAUUUGUCCCCAUACCCCGAGCCCAGAAACUGUGUUUUCCUUAGCAAGUGCUUGAAUUUGUUGCCUUGCCUUGCUUAGAGUUACUUUUUUUUUUUUUUUAAUGUCCCAUGCAUAGUUACAAUGUGAAUAGGCUAGAUACUGUGUGAGGAAAUGUAUACAAUACAAAUAGGAUAGAAAUGCUGUUUUAAAAAGAGAGAGAGGAGGAAAUGUAUAUAGUGGUACCUCGGGUUACAUACGCUUCAGGUUACAGACUCCACUAACCCAGAAAUAGUACCUCGGGUUAAGAACUUUGCUUCAGGAUGAGAACAGAAAUCGUGUGGUGGCGGCAGUGCGGCAGCAGCAGGAGGCGCCAUUAGCUAAAGUGGUACCUCAGCUUAAGAACAGUUUCAGGUUAAGAACGGACCUCCGGAACGAAUUAAGUUCUUAACCCGAGGUACCACUGUACAUUAAAAGAAACAAGAGCCCCAUGCCAGAUUCUAGAUUUUCUCGACCCAUUUCAAAUCGGGUUUAGGCCUUGUUUUGGCACAGAAACUGCUUUCGCCGCCUGUAUAAUGAUCUCUGUCAGGAGAGGGACUGGGGAAAUGUGUCUCUGUUAAUUCUCCUUGACUUCUUGGCAGCUUUCGAUACCAUUGACCAUGGCAUUCCUCUGGAGCAGCUGUCUGAGUUAGAGGGGGGUGACACCCAGAGGAUGUUGCUUGGGGAGUGUUCUACAGUGGGGUUCCUCAGGGUUCAGUUUUAUCCUCUGUGCGAUUUAACAUCUAUACGAAACUGCUGAGUGGGGUUAUCUGGAGGUUUGGAGUACAUUGUCAGCAAUAUGCCAAUGACACACAGCUCUGCUUCUCCUUUAGGGAGCCAGUGUGGUGUAGUGGUUAAGAGCGGUGGACUCGUAAUCUGGGGAACCGGGUUCGCGUCUCCGCUCCUCCACAUGCAGCUGCUGGGUGACCUUGGGCCAGUCACACUUCUCUGAAGUCUCUCAGCCUCACUCACCUCACAGAGUCUUUGUUGUAGGGGAGGAAGGGAAAGGAGAAUGUUAGCCGCUUUGAAUUUUUUUAAAAAAACAAUAUUUGUUAAUUUUCCAACCGUUUAAACACAACAAAACAAAAAAACAAACAAAAAAACAAAAAGCAUAAAACUAACAAAACAAGACACAAACCAUUUAAAACACAAAACAAUUUCAAUAUCUUAUCUUUCAUUCCCUUAUUUCCACGACCUCCUCACACCUCCCUUUUUGUAUUCCACUUCUGUUAAUUGUUUCAACAAUUCCUUUCCAUCUUCCUCUGUUUUCUAUCCUAUAAUCUUAACAUAUUCUAACCUUAUUUUUUCCUUUAAUACUCUAUUAAUCUAUUUAUACUUAAUUCCUUAUAACAUUUCUACUAAAGCCAUAUAUCUUCAUUCCAACAUUUUUCCAACAUUCAUUAUUUUUACAAUAUUUCUAUAAAUAGUCUUAAACUUUUUCCAAUCUUCUUCCACCGACCCUUCUCCCUGGUCUCGGAUUUCUGCCAGUCGUAUCCGCCAAUUCCAUAUAGUCCAUCAACUUCAUCUGCCAUUCUUCCCGAAUAGAUAAAUCUUGUGUCUUCCAGUACUUCACAAUGAGUAUUCUUGCUGCUAUUGUUGCAUACGUGACAAAAGUUCUAUCCUUCUUUAAGACCAAUUGGCUGACCAUGCCUCUUCUGUCGACAUUCCUCUUGGUUUUAAAUAUAUUGGUACAAAGGCGGCAGCAGAAGGGGAUUGUUGCCAAGUCCUCCCAAACCUUAAUGUUUUGUCAGCAGUUGACUGGUCUGUUUUUCCUCUUUCAUUAACCAUAACACUUAAAAGAUUCAAGGUCAGUCCCAGAGUCUCACGGUUUUUAACUUGCAGCUGGAAAUUCCCCUAGCCCAGCUCUUGUAAAGCAACCGGUUUCAAAGGCUUCCACUAGAGGGAAACAGUUUCUAUUUGUAAUAGUCAAUAGUAUCCUCUUUUAAGCAAGCCAAUAUUAGUUUCAAAUUAGUUUCAAUUUUCAGUUACUUUUACUCCUUUUUAAAGCAGCCGGAGACAGUAGAAACAAUGUAUUUCUCUUGUUUAACUAGCUGUCAAUGAACGUGCUAAACGCUGUCAAUGAACAUUCCAAAAGACGUCAGUCCUGCUGGCAGCCCGUUUCCAGGGUCAGAGCGGUGGUGUUUUAAAUCUCUUCGCUCUCUCCCACAGGCAUACUCAGUCCGCAACCCCCCUCUCUUCUCCUGCCUCCAAGAGGGGGUUUAAUGUUCUUUUCGAUGUUGGAAAUUCAAUCUUUUACAAAAGAUUUUUCAGGACUCCAGCUUGCAACUUCAUUGCCUCAGUCUAUUUACAAAAGGGGAAGACGGACUUCCUGUUUUGAACCUCCCCGUUACAGUACCAAAUUAAACAUUCAGAAAUCCAAUUCUUCCGCUUCAGUUCUACUCACGGGUAAUUACUUUAAAGUCAAAUUGUCCACAGGGAAAGGUCAGCGCUCUCCGACAACGGCUAUGCGGCUUCGCUCCGUGGAAGAAGCAGACGAUUCGAUGCACCGUGCCGCUCACCCCACGUCGCUCCAGAGCCCCAAAAACCGGGGUUCCCCACGAGUGGGGGAGGCGCAAAAGGUGCCCGCCGAAUCCCACGCUCACAGGCUUCUCCCGCCUGUGAUUUUAACGGGUCUCCGCCUUCGCCGUGGCGGCCAGACCCAGAUUUCCACGGAGCAGAUUCCUCCCGGUCAGAGGAAUUCCGCCAUUACCGGAGGCACCUCCCCGGAAGUCUGGAGAAUGUUAGCCGCUUUGAGACUCCUUAGGGUAGUGAUAAAGCGGGAUAUCAAAUCCAAACUCUUCUUCUUCUUCUCCUUUACGUCUGCAGGUGAGGCAGUGGAAGUGCUGGACCAGUGUCUUGCCUCAAUAAUGGAUUGGAUGAGAGCCAACAAACUGAAGCUCAGUCCGGAUAAAACUGAGGCACUGUUAGUGGGUGGAUUGCUAGACCAGAUGGCUGGGAGUUGGCCUGCUCCUGAUGGGGUUACACUUCCUCUGAAGGAGCAGGUACAUCGCUUGGGGGAUACUCCUGGAUCCUUUGCUGUCACUUGAGGCUCAGGUGGCCUCAGUGGCACUGAGCACCUUCCAUCAGGUUUGGCUGGUGGCCUAGCCAUGCCCCUGUCUGGACAGAGAUAGCCUAACUACUGUUGUCUAUGCUCUGGUAACCUCUAGGUUAGAUUGCUGCAGUGCAUUUUACGUGGGGCUGCCUCUGAAGAUGGUUCAGAAACUUCAGCCAGCGGCCAGGUUUAUCGCUAGAGCAAAAAGUUUAGAACAUAGUUUUGUUCUGAAACUCUUGCAGGUCUUUUCAUGGCUCAAGAUGCAGCAGCUGUGACUUUGUAAGCCUUGGCUGAAUCUGAUUCCCACCCCCCAUGUUGUUGUGGGAUAUGGUGCUGUUUUAUUGGCUGAAAUCUGAUUUAUUGUUUCAAUUGUGUGUUUGUUUCGUUAGCCACCCCGGGAGCAGCAGCUGGGAAGGGUGGGGUAUGAAUUUUCCUAAAUUAAGAAAAGAAAUAUCUGGCUUAUUUUCCACUUAUCCAGCUUCUAGAGAUUUAAAUAUUUGGUACACCCUUCUGUCCUUUAUGCUAUUUCUGUUAAUUGUACUUUAGUCCCAUUCCCACCCAGCCAUUAUAUAUAUGUCUAGUAUCGAGGACUAUAUAUAAUAAAGUGAUGCUUCAUGGUCUUCUUCUUAGCAACUUAGACAAUCAGGCUCCUACUGGUCUUCCUUGCAGGCACUGUUUUGUUCCAUACCCACUUCAGUAGUGGUUGUUCCCAGAACUGGGUGUUCUCAGACAUUUGCCACAAUUUAGGAAGCCCUUUUUCUUCUCUUGCCACAGUUCCUGAAGCAAUAAUUUAUUAUUAAUCUUUGCUUUGUUCCAAGUUACAAAUUUGUUCCAGUAUACAAAUUUUAACAACAAUAGUUUUUGGAAUUUGAUGGUUUGUUAAAUACUAAAGUUAUUGGUUUCAUUUAAAACUUCUGGGCAGACUGGUACCAAUUGAGAAUGUUACUAAGGAACUUGAUUCAGCUGGCACUCUGCAUGUGCCCCAGAACAAUGUGAUUCCUUUACCUUUAGGUAGCUGUGCAAUGGGCAUUCUGAGAGGAAGCAGACCUUGGCAUAGGCUGGUUGCCCUUGUUGAUAAAGCAAGGACUUGUGUACAUGGGACUGAACUGUGAGAACUUCGGAUGUAAGAGCGUACUUGGCAGAGUUUAAUGCCCAAAUAAUGUCUUCCUUGUACAUGGAAGGUGUUUACUUUCGCCAUACAUAACAAAACUUACAUAAGCAAAGUGCUGAAAGGUGAUCACUUUGGCAGGUUUUGGUAGUUUCCAUUAUGCAGAGACCCAACAAAUAGUUACAAAGCAACGCACAAUUCAGACAGCCUCCCUCCAGGUUAAACAAGCAUUUUGUUCGGACUUAAAGAUAGGAAUCAUUGGUUCUUGCAACCACUGAUAAAAAUUUCGCCACUGCUAAUGUUCUAGCGUUUGUCUGGUCUUCCAAUAGGAACCUGACAUAGUGAGCCUCUGAUUUUCCCGGGAAAGGUACCAGCAAGGGUAAUAUCAGUUCAGCCCUGGCUUGCUCAUAUUUCGCACAGUGCAGCAAAAUAUGUUUUAUAUAAUCGAUGUCUUGAGUGUGCACGCGCACACACACACUACCGCUCCCAACACCUCUGACUAUUGGCCAUACUUUCAGUUCCCACAUGGGUUGUUUUUGUCACGCAAGACCAAAUCCAGUCACAAAUUGAGAGACUGUGUUCCGAUUGGCUGUUGCCCUUCAACUCUGCCCCUUAGGGCGGCCCAACCUGUCUGCACUGAUUGUGACUCGGCAUAUACCAUAUUUUUUGCUCUAUAAGACUCACUUUUUCCCUCCUAAAAAGUAAGGGGAAAUGUAUGUGCGUCUUAUGGAGCAAAUGCAGGCUGCGCAGCUAUCCCAGAAGCCAGAACAGCAAGAGAGAUUGCUGCUUUCGCUGUGCAGCAAUCCCUCUUGCUGUUUUGGCUUCUGGGAUUCAGAAUAUUUUUUUUCUUGUUUUCCUCCUCCAAAAACUAGGUGCGUCUUGUGGUGUGGUGCGUCUUAUAGAGCGAAAAAUACGGUAUUUUGUAGUGCCUCUUCCAUGUAGCGUCAUCCUCAGUCUAAACGCAUUCUAUGCUGAGGUGUUCCUUCCCCUCAGUAACCUGUGCCUUUAACAAUGUGUCUCGAAGUCUCUAGGCUCAUCCCCAUUUCCUUUUGCGCUGGGAUUUCUAGGUCCAUGUCCUGUUGCUUUUUUUUGUCCCAUUGCUUUUGCUGGGAAAGCCGCAGCUUAUUAUGGGUGGCUUCCAGCACACAUAAAACAUAAUAAAACGUCAGUCAUUUUAAAAAUCUGCACAAAACGGAAAUGUGAGUGAGCCCCCCAUUUGGCUUAGCUUUUUGUGUGUGGAAUCUCAUCUCUUUGAUCCAAGCUGGUUUCUUCACAUGUGCUCUAGCUAGUUUCUUCUGCUUCUUCUACUUCAUUCUCUUGCCUAUUUUCUAUGUUUCUUACUCUCCUCAGGUUAGUCAGGAAACUUCAGGGCGCAACGCAAGCCUCAUGUUCUCCCUAAAGGAAUAUUUUUUUCUCCCACCCUCUUUUGAAAAUGUAUUGGGAGGAUUCCAAAGAACCCAAGUUGUUUGUUUAGACACUGCAUGGAGCUCAAGUGCAAUCUAUGGAGUUUGGCAUGCCUUUCGUCUUCCCAUCGCAGCCAACGUCCUGAAUUAUCAACAGUCUGUUUUUCUUUUUCUUUUUUAAAUGAUAUUUAUUACUUUUUCAAAAUUUCCAACACAACACUACAAACACAGAGAAAAAGAAAAAAGAAAGAGAAAACAAUACAAAUAACAAAUCAAGCAAAAACAAACAAAAACAAUUUAAAAACAGCUCAGACAUUUUCAAUAUCUUAUAUUUCAUUCUCUUAUUUCCAGCGACUUCCUCACACCUAACUGUUUGUAUUCUACUUCUAGUAUUUGUUUCAGCAAUUCCUUUCCAUCUUACUCUGUUUUCUGUUCUAUAAUUAUCUUAACACAUUCUUGCCAUACUUUCCCUUUAAUUUUCUAUUAAUCUAUUUAUACUUAAUUCCUUAUGACAUUUCUACUAAAGCCAUGUAAUUUCAUUCCAACAUUUUUCUAACAAUCCUUAAUUUUACAAUAUUUCUAUAAAUAGUCUUUAAACUUUUUCCAGUCUUCUUCCACCGACUCUUCACCCUGGUCUGUCAACAGUCUGUUUUUCAAUAUUGGCAGAAUGCCUAUAUAAUCUUGGUGCCCAGUUUCUCAGAGAGGUCUGCUCUGCAGCUACAGUGAAGCAUGGCGAAAUCCACUGCUUUCUUUCUCCUCACCUUGGAAUAGAUAAUUUUUAGCAUGUUGUCCUUUUCUUCCUCCCUCCUCUGUUGCUCAAGUCAUGCAGUUCUUCUGCCUUUGUGGAGUGCAGACAUGGUUUGGGGCUGGGUUACUUAAAGGACUGCUGUUACUGAGCCUGCCCAGACUCUGAAGAUCUACACUGGAGGGCCUGCUUAAGUGUCUGUUGGUGAAGGAGCUCCAGGCAGUUGUGGUAGGGACUUCUUGGCAAUGGCCCCGUUCCUGUGAAGGUAAGCAGGCCCCACACAUCACGGUCUUGAAGAGGGUCUUAAAGACCUAACUCUUCCCUAAAUCCUUUGCUGCUUGAUAUAAGGAGGGGCUAUAAACUAGAGUUAUUGUGCCAAUCUGACUUUUUAAUAUAUUUUCAUAGUCAUAGAAUUGGAAGGGACCCUGAGGGUCAUCUAGUCUGGAAUGCAGGAAUAUGCUGCUGUCUCAUAUGGGAAUUGAACCUGCAACAUUGGCGUUACCAGCACUAUGCUCUAACCAACUGAGCUUUUGUUUUGGUUUACUUCUGUUAGGCUUUUGAUAGUGCUAUGAUAUGGCUGUUUUAAUGGUUCUGCACAGUAUCUGUACUUGGCUUUUCUCUCUUAUAUCUAUUUUGAGCUUCUUUGUGGAGCAGGGUUCUAAAAAAAAGCAGAUUAUAAGUCCUUUAAAUAAAUACAAUUCAUCUGGAAGCUCUAAAUGAAUGUUGUGGAGUUUGUUGACAAGAUUGGCAAUAUUCUCUUUUCUUUUUCUCUCUUACAUAGUGUGUUAAUAGUUGAUAGGUUUUAUCACUCUCCCACUUAGUUAGAAGUACGGUUGUUUAUUGUAGCUCAUGGCUAUUAGCGUUUCUUUUAUAUAAAUUAAGUCCAACCAAGCUCUAGUUCUCUCUAACUUAGCUUAUAUUUCAAAAUCUAAAUUAGUUUUAUAUGUGAACUCAAAUAUUUUAUUCAUUUUGGUCAGUUUUUUUAAAAAAUCUUUAUCUCCCCCCCCCAUAAUUGGGAGAAUAGCUACAUAAUUAAACCACAAAUAUACAUGCUCUAACGUGUCCAAAAUUGUUCCCCAGUCAAAUUCCCCUAUGAAACUGAUUGCAGAUCUUUUUUAUUGUUUUACUUUCCUUGUUUUAUGUUAGUAUUUUAGAAUAUAAAAGUGUUCCGUUUACAUUGGAAGAGGCCAGUUUUUAUUGUAUUUGCAUAUUCUGCUAUUACUUUGGGCCUUAUCUCUAUGUUGUGCAUCAUAGCAACAGUAAAUGAAACCACUUAGACCUUAUCUACUGCAGUAACCCUGAGGGAAUAUGAACUAAAAGUGCGACUCUUUACCUUAAGAUUGUAAAAACGCAACUUGUUUGAGAAACAUAAGUAGCAGUUCCCAUUUAUUGAAACAGAUCAAUGUUAAUCCAUUCAUGGAAAGUUCAAGGGAACAAGACUUUCUUAACACAGUGACUAAACAUGCAACACUGUUAGCGUCAGACACAGGGCCCUAGCUCAGUGGUAAAACCACUGGUUGGGAUGCAGAACGUCUCAGGUCCAGUCGCCAGUAUCCCCACGGUAAGGAGUGUGAGAAAACACCUCCUGAAACUCUGGAAAGCUGCUGGCAGUCAGUGUAAACAAUACUGAAGCAGACCUAACUUCCUAAUUUUCAAAGAUUAGAAACACUCAUUAAUUUGGCAUUUAUUGAUGUGGAGAGUGGGAUGUGGCAGUGUUAGAAACUCGAAUAUAUAAGCUAGGCAAGGUUGCAGCCACCAAAAUGGAAUGUAUACUUGCCAUUUUGGGGCAAGACGGCUCUAAAGUCUUAUUUUUCAAACGUUGGACUGACUGUGGUUGAUUAUCAGUUAAACAUUUGGCUAGUUCAAGUGAGAACCUUGAGCUAGGUUAAGAACUUGGGAGAACUUUGAGAAGAAAAGUCACUUGAUCCAGGGACAGUCCACAUAUAUCGGCUUAUUAGGCUUAUCUCUUUUUCUUAAUGGUGACACGGACCAUUCACAAUGUAAGAAUAUUCUGCACAAUUUGUGAGCUGGGCAGUGGGAUGGGGUGUGUGAAGACAAGAUACAAUAAUUAGGUAUAACGUUGUUCACUGUUUCUGCUCAAGCCACGCGAAAAAGCAUUUUGUUUCCAGAAAUUCAUUCCAGUGUGCUGGCUGAGACCCUGCCUGCCUGCACACUGUCUGACAGGAUGGUACAUGCAUUGUAGAGCGUUCAAAUUUAUUGGUAGUUAAUGCCACAUGCUUCAUCUACAUGGGCUUGUCCUAGUUUUUCUUUAUGCUAAGAAUGCAACAGAUUGCGGAAAAUAACUACAAACUAGAAGAACAAAUUACAGUCGUAGCUUGGAAGUUGCACGGAAUCUGUUCCGGAAGUCCAUUCGACUUCCAAAACAUUCGAAAACCAAAGCGCGGCUUCCGAUUGGCUACAGGAAGCUCCUACAGCCAAUCGGAAGCUCCGUCGGACAUUUGGCUUCCAAAAAUAGUUUGCAGAUCGAAACAGUCACUCCCAGGUUUGCGACUUCGGGAGCCAAAACGUUCGGGAACUAAGCUGUUCGCCUUCCAAGGUACGACUGUACUGCAAUGCAUCCCUCUCACUCAGGCAGACUUGCUGCUGUUCAGGGUGCCAGCCAGACUGACAUGCCGUCCUCCAGAAAACUAAAGUGGAGUGGAGGGUUAAACAAAGCAAGUUGCUUUUUCCCUCCCCAAGAUUUCCCAGUUCCCAUACCCAGUGGACACUCCCAACAUUCUGCAGUUUCUGGGGACUAUGGAGCACACUUAAUCCUUGCUGGUGAUGUAAACAAAAUCUGCUCCUUUUUCCUUAUGGGGUAUCCAAGAGCCCGUAUAGAGUCCUUCAGUGGGUUCCCUAUCAAUAAGAGAAAAUAACCAGAGAUUAGGGACGCGGGUGGCGUUGUGGGUUAAACCACAGAGCCUAGGACUUGCCGAUCAGAAGGCCGGCGGUUCGAAUCCCCACGGCGGGGUGAACUCCCGUUGCUCGGUCCCUGUUCCUGCCAACCUAGCAGUUCGAAGGCACAUAAAAGUGCAAGUAGAUAAAUAGGUACCGCUCUUGUGGGAAGGUAAACGGCGUUCCCGUGCGCUGCUCUGGUUCGCCAGAAGCAGCUUAAUCAUGCUGGCCGCAUGACCCGGAAGCUGUACGCUGGCUCCCUCGGCCAGUAAAGCGAGAUGAGCGCCACAACCCCAGAGUCGUCCACGACUGGACCUAAUGGUCAGGGGUCCCUUUACCCUUUACCUUUUUAACCAGAGACUAUUGAGAAGCAAAGCAGCUAGCAAGCCUGAUCUUUAUUAAACUGUUGCAACAGGGUUCUCACCCACCCGCCACGUGGGAGGAGGAAUCCAGAACAAAGGUGUGCAAGCCCUUAUGUAGACUUUUGAAAUUGCCCACCCUGUAGCUCAAGACCACCCCCAAAAGCACCAUACAUACAUCACAGAAGGAGGCAGUCUACAACAGAAAUCCUCUCUGCCAGAAUACCUGAUAAUGGCCAGUGAUUGCUUACUUGGGCAGCCUGGUCAUUCUUUCGUGAUGGUAAAUACUUUAAUUCCUGAAUCCAGGUCACAGGCUCACCCUAUUCAUACACAAAAAUGCCUUAAAGACAGGUAAGCAAAAGACAAUGGAGAGGCUUUUCCAUUUCCUUCCUCCUUGCAGAGAAACAUUUGAGGUCAAUUUCGGAGAGUCAAAAUGGUUUCAGGAUUGUUCUCCUGUACUAUUUCAGACACCUGGUUUACAUACUUUGUAAAUUUAUGAACAUUUAAUUUAUAUAUUUGAGACCAUAAUUUCUUAUAACACUGGGCUCUCGGGUUCCCCUCUCUCCAUUAAACCAUUUUUUAUUUUAAAAACACAAGCAUACCUUUGGAGUCCCUGGAGUAUGUAGAAGCAGCUUGUCUUAUUUGUAAGCAUCUUUUUGCCUCCAAACGGUAAACACUUGACUGUCUGAGCUUGCUGUUGGUAUGCCCUCCCCAUUCCUACCUGCCGUUAUCCUCCCUGUUAUUAUAAGCUUUGUGUGUUUGCCUGUGUGCCUGUAUUUGUGUGUGCUUGUUUAUACUUGCAUUAAACAUGUAUGAUGAUAGAUGGAUGCCCAAUGUGUACAUUUUUUCCACUACUUUAAAUUGCACGCAGUGAGAGCCAUUGUUUAGCCCAUUUUUUAAUGUAAUAAUGGUCUGGUUUUGCUAAAUGUCUUGUUGGAAGCGCUUAAUAUGGGUGAAGUUACUAGGUCCAGAGCUAAAGAUGCAGCCACAAUGAUCUUGGCUUUGCCUUUUGUGUGUUCAUGUGGAGAUUAGUGCCUUUGCUGUUGGCUGUCUUCUUGGAAGGAGGCCAGCAAGAAGGUCUUUGUUUUCUUCAACGUCACAUUCUGUUCCUGUUGUACAUUUACUUUGAGCUUGAUGAUGCUGGUAUUCUACUGUUUUUGUGCGUCCCCAACGGUAGUUUAUUCAUAAUCCAUUUAUGCAAUAACGAAGGUAAUCAUUAGCAACUCCCCUUGUCCUUUCCAGUCUUGCUUCCUUCCAGUCUAGAAAUGCAAAAAAAACCCAAAACUGAAAUAUAUUCCCGAAAUGGCACCUCCAUCCAAAGAUAGGAGUGCCUUCUAAACCCGGCUCACGGACGGUCCAGGAAUUAGUGUGUUUUUACAUGAGUAGAAUGUGUCCUUUUAUUUAAAAUGCAUCUCUGGGUUAUUUGUGGGGCAUAGGAAUUCGUUCAUUCCGCCCCCCCUAAAAAUAUAGUCUGGCCCCCCACAAGGUCUGAGGGACAGUAGACCGGCCCCCUGCUGAAAAAGUUUGCUGACCCCUGUACUAAAUGAUAGUCAUAAAGUUCCUUGUUUCAGUGUUGCAGGUUUGGGACUCACAACAUUGUGCUAUAUCCGUGUGUAUAUAUAGCAAACAACAUAUGUGUGUGUGUGUGUGUGUGAUAUAUAUAUAUAUAUAUAUAUAUUCUAAAGGAAUCUAAUGCAGUUAUUGAGAUAAUUCCUUUUCCAAUGCAAUGUGGCUUUCCUUGACUCUUAGCUUUCCAUGAAUCGCUUUGCUGAGCUGCUGCUGACUGAACUCUGAUACUAUCGUAACUGAAAUGCAGUCCUGGAACUUGUUGUUUUGACCUUGUGUUGUUGAGGAGACUAAAUAUAUCCGCUGCCCGAUAAGGACACGCAGUAUGGAAAUUUCAGAUGGGAGGCAGGCUCAGGCCUGCACAACUUGUGAACCACUAAGCCAAACACAACCCACAAGUCACAUAUGUAGACACCCCCUCCCAUGCUGUUGCCCCUACCCACUCCCCAGCAGUGAGUAUUCAGAGAUUCUGUGCUUCUGCACAUGGAGGUUCCAUCUUGCUAUCAUGAAUAUUAGCCAUGAAUUUGCCUUGUUUAAAACCAAUGAUGCUAGUGUGGUUGCAGCAAAUUCAAUAUGUUAAUGAUGCAUUGUGUGAAAUACUAUUUUUCACUUGUUCAUCCUAAAUCUGCUGCCAAUUUUUCCUUUGGUGCUCCCAAGUUCCAGUACAGUGGUACCUCAGGUUACAGACACAUCAGGUGACAGACUCCGCUAACCCAGAAAUAGUACCUCGGGUUAAGAAUUUUGCUUCAGGAUGAGAACAGAAAUUGUGCGGCGGCAGUGCAGCGGGAGGCCCCAUUAGCUAAAGUGGUGCUUCAGGUUAAGAACAGUUUCAGGUUAAGAAUGGACCUUCCACUGUACAGUGGAACCUUGGUUCUCGAACUUAAUCCAUUUUGGAAGUCCAUUCGACUCCCGAAAGGUUGGAAAACCAAGUCAUGGCUUCCGAUUGGCGCAGGUGCCCCAGAAACAAUAGCCGGCAGUUGCAUCGGAUGUUUGGCUUCUGAAAAACGUUCAAAAACCGGAACACUUACUUGCAGGUUUUUGGCGUUCGGGAGCUCAUUUGUUCAUCAACUAAGCCGUUCAGGAACCAAGGUUCCACUGUAUCAUAUAAGAGAGGGAGAAAAUUCAAUUUCGCUGCUACUGCUCUUUAUGUGAAAACCAUCUGUCAUGUUUCCUAGUUGUCUUCUCUCCUCCAAAUGAAAAGCCCCCAAUAUUUUAGCUUUUCUUUAUGCAGGAAUGGCCCAGACUCUUAGUUGUCUUUUUAUUGAUUUAGGCAUACUUUUGUUUUAAGAAUUUUAAUAUUGAUUAUAUUGCCUAAAAUAAUUUUGUGCGCUUCUUUGACCAUCUACAUAGCACAGUCCUCUUCAGAAGCAAGUCCUGUUGAGUUUAGUGGCACUUAUGGCUAGUUGAGUGUGAUUAGGAUUGUGGUCAAAGAUGUUAUUAGUCAGUUUAGUGGGAAGCUGGAACAAAUAAAUCAGUACAUGGCACAUAAGAGCCUUUCUUUGACAAGGUGGUAGAGCGCUCAACCAAUUUAAGAACAGAAAUUACUCUAUGCUGGUCCCAGCAUUGAAAAUGCUUUUGAAGGACAAGAAGGGAGUGCUUUUCACUUGCCUAGAUAUUUUAAAGUUUUUGUUUAUUAGAACUUGAAUGGAAGAUGGGAAAUGGCAGAAAUAUAUUAAAAUCAAACUUCUAAAAGUGUUGUGAAAUAGAACGGGAGUCAAUAGGAAAAGUGUGUCUGAUCAUGGAAUAUACUGGUCGCGAUUGGGGAUAAACCUCCUGUUUGGUUUACUCUCUAUGACAUCAGGUGUUGGGUUUUUUUGGGUAAAGUUUUUUUUUUAAAAAAAGUUAAUUUCGUAACGUCUAAAAAGCAGAGAGUGCAGUUAAAAGAUGAGAAACAAAAACAAUAAGAUAGGCACCUAGAAUAAGUACAGUUGCAUAUGACAUCAAAUGUUGACAUUCACAUAAAGGACUAGCUGUAAUGAAAAGCCUAAGAAUUUUCUGUGGCUCCGUUUUAACCUUCUUUGUAGUCAGUAAAAGAACAGUAUAUUAGACAGUACAGUGGUACCUCAGUUCCAGAACACCUCUGUUGUCAUAUGUUUCUGUUCUCGAACGCUGAAAACCUGGAAAUUAAUCCUUCCGUUUUCGAACGUUUUUCAGAACCCGAACAUGCAAUGCAGUUUCCACUGAGUGCAAGAAGCUCUUGCAACCCAUGGGAAGCCAUGCCUCGGUUUUCAAACAUUUCGAAAGCUGAAUGGGCUUCCAGAAUGGAUACAUUUCGAGAACCAAGGUACCACUGUAUCAGAAAGUGUACAUGUAACUACUCUGAUUCUUUAGUCACUUUUAAGGGAGUGGACUGAGGCUCUGUACACUCUCCAUUUGUUCUGCAACCAAUGCUCUCCCACUGCUGCAUUGGGAAGUGGCCUAGGCACAGUUAGCCACAAUUCAUAUCUACCCUGUAUGAAAUACUCCAUUUUGGUGGACGCAGGUGGCGCUGUGGUCUAAACCACCAAGCUUCUUGGGCUUGCCGAUCGUAAGGUCAGAGGUUUGAAUCUGCAUGACGGGGUUCGCUCUUAUUGCUCUGCCCCAGCUCCUCCCAACCUAGCAGUUUGAAAGCAUACCAGUGUGAGUAGAUAAAUAGGUACCGCUGUGGCGGGAAGGUAAAUGGCGUUUUUGUGCGCUCUGGCUUCCAUCAUGGUGUCCUGUUGCACCAGAAGUGGUUUAGUCAUGCUGGCCACAUGGCCCAGAAAGCUGCCUGUGGACAAAUGCUGGUUCCCUCGGCCUGAAAGCAGAGAUGAGCGCCGCAACCCCAUACAGUGGUACCUCAGGUUAAGUACUUAAUUCGUUCCAGAGGUCCGUUCUUAACCAGAAACUGUUCUUAACCUUAAGCACCACUUUAGCUAAUGGGGCCGUCGCACCGCCGGAGCACGAUUUCUGUUCUCAUCAUGAAGCAAAGUUCUUAACCAGAGGUACUAUUUCUGGGUUAGUGGAGUAUGUAACCUGAAACGUAUGUAACCCGAGGUACCACUGUAGUCAAAUUUGACUGGACUUAACUGUCCAGGGGUCCUUUUCCUCUACCUACUCCAUUUUGGUGCAUUUCCCCCAAAAUGAGUUUUUAACCAAAUUGAGAAAUCUGUACUGCAAUUAUAUUUAGUGUGGCUUCAGACAUGCGCUAGUUAUGUUGGAAGACGUAGGGUAGUUUUUUUCUGCACUGCUGCUAGGCACAUGAACACAGAUGUACCCGUGAAGAGUGUGAAUACUGGAAACAUGCUCAGAUGCAUUUAUUUAGCAAAAUUGUGUGUGCAGAGCCGAGCCUGACCUUUAACAUAGAUAGUGAAUGCUCCAAUCUGCUCUAAUUGAAGAGUGCGCCUCUCAAAAGACUCUCAUCCAUGUCUGUCGUCAUUCACUAGUUUUUCCAGAAUCGUGGCCAUGGGCGUUUGGUUGCAGACGGGACUGUAUUUAUAAUGUGGAUAAAAGUCCUCUUGUGAAAUAGUUGAGGCUGUUGGAAAUCUGCUCCAUUGCAAAAACUGGGGAAAACUCCCAAAUUAAGCAAGACCGCUAGCUUGGCUUUUCCUGUUCCCGGACUUCUCAGCGCUUUAUAUCUUGGCACAUUCGAAGAUUACCUUGAUUUGUAGAUGAUUAAUUGUAUUGCAUAAGAGCAACUGUGCAGGAGUGUCUUGUUUUCCAUAUUAUGUACUGUAUGCUGUGUCAGAGUGUCCCAGGAAGGCAAACUUUGAAAGAAUUAUCCCACAGAGAGGGGAUGCCCCUUGUUCGUCAGCAGUUUGAUGUGGUCUUCACUAUUAAUCAGAUCUGUCGCAGAUUGGAGUGUGUACAAAUGUAACAUUCUCUGAGUGAUUUUCCUCUGUGCUCUUUUCCUGUCCCGGUGGUUCUAGCCCAAAUCUGGCUUCGAAAGCUGGAAGCCAGACAUACCAUAUUUUUCGCUCUAUAAGACGCACCAGAUCACAAGAAGCACCUAGUUUUUGGAGGAGGAAAACAAGAAAAAAAUAUUCUGAAUCUCAGAAGCCAGAACAGCAAGAGGGAUCGUUGCGCAGUGAAAGCAGCAAUCCCUCUUGCUGUUCUGGCUUCUGUGAUAGCUGUGCAGCCUGCAUUCGCUCCAUAAGAUGCACACACAUUUCCCUUUACCUUUUAGGAGAGAAAAAGUGAGUCUUAUAGAGCAAAAAAUACAGUAAUAAAGGAGGCUAGGGGUAUUUCCAGGCUAUCACUACGUUCACAUACCAGCAAAUUCAGGUGGCGCAAAUAUUGAGGAUUGGAAGGUCUUGUGCCAUAAACCAGUGUACAAAAUUGUCCAGGUGCCAGACACAUUUUACGACCAAGUGAAAGUGCCGGGGCACCAGGAUGAUGCCUGAUACCUCCACCAUCAAGUGACUUUUCUUCUUUACUUAGCUCAAGGUAAUCAUCUGAACUGGCCAGAUGUUGAACUUGAGAAUCAAUCACAGCCAGUCCAUCAUUUGAAAAAAAUUAAACUUUAGAACUGUCUUGCACCAAAAUGGCAACGAGACAUUCCAUUUUGGCAACUCUAACCUUGGUUUAAGAAGCCAUUUGGUGCUUAGCUUAUAUAUCUGAGUUUCUAACACUGCUGGCGCAGUAUAGGGGAUCUUUCUGGUUUUCCCCACCUCUUCUGCCCUGCUGCCCCUCCCAGGCCAAAUGCAAUAAGUAUCUGUUUAUUAUACACAGUAAAAGAUUGGGCAACUUUCACCCCACCCUGUGUAUCAAGUCACUUUUUAUAUUAUGAUCAAUGACCAGCACAGCCUAUGUAUAUUUAUCUAGAGACUUGGAAAUGAUUGAAGAAGGAACCAGGAAGUAAGAUAUAGAGGGAAAUCUCAGCACGAUGAAAGUUGGCUUCAGUGUCGUGCAUGCCAAGCUCACAUAUGGGUUUUCCACGCCUCCAUGUUCAAAAUGUCCUGCUCCUUGCCCUUAUCUGUACUUGUUUGCUUUUAUCUGCCCAGCUAGAAUGAUUCUGUGACAGCUGGUUUUAUUAGACUGGCAGGCUGAACAUGUUAGUGCACUGCCCUUCUUAGUUCCUUAAGAUAUGAAAGGAAAUGAUCGAGCUCACCCUGCCAAGAAGCAGAUUUAUUGUAUUUUUUUAAGGAGGGCAGACUGUCUUUACUCACAUCCAAGCAGAAUCAAAAGCAGUCAUUUGCUUUCUACCAGUCCUACCCUACGGGAAUGUGUGCCCCCUCUUUUGUGAAUGACACAUUACCUCCGUCCUAAGCGCACGCAUGUGCAAGUCAGUGGUUGAUCAUCUCUGCUUUGCGGAAGGUCCAAGGCUGAAAUCCUGGCAACUUUGGGUAGGGCUGGGAAUUCCUCUGGUCUGAAACCCUGGAGAAGUGCCGCUGAACAUAAGGCAGCUUCUUAAGUUCCCAUUUGAUACUAGUAGGAUUUUCCAUGAGUAGACACACUUAAGAGUGUUCUUAGAGCUUCCUAGUGUGUCUCAGAAGUGUGAACAAACUGGAUUUCACAACUGCUUCUCUCUGUUUAUCUUUAUCUCUCCUGUUCUCUCUUUCUGCUUCUUACAGCGUGAGAUACAGACAGUGAGUAUGUCAGGCAGCCCUUUUUCAGUGAUGAUGCCAUAAUGAUGGGAUGUUCUUGCUGGAGGGGACCCAUUCAUGGCCAUAUUUAGGCCAUAUUUAGGGACGUUUUUAAUGUUUGAAGUUUAAUUCUGUUUUUAGUCCUCUGUUGGGAACCUCCCAGAGUGGCUGGGGAAACCCAGCCAGAUGGGCGGGGUAUAAAACAACAACAACAAAUUAUUAUUACCAUGGAUUUUGAAGAUAUAUGUGGGGAUAUGAAGGUUUAAUGCAGUUGGUGGGUUUCAAACAAACAAACAAACAAACAAACACAACAACAACUGAGAAUAUUGUAGUGUUACUGAAUUGGCUCAUUUCUGCCAGUUGUCAAUUGGUAGUUUUGUGCAUACAUCUGUAAAUCUAUUUGAUUAUUAGUUGCAUCUCCAGCAGUAAGGUUGUGUAAGUCCUUAAUUUAGCCCACUGUUUCCCAAACUUCUGAUUACAGAGGGACAUUUAUUUUGCUGUUAAAAUUGAAAGCAUACCUCACUUCUGCAUCUGAAAGGCUUGCUUUUAGAAUGUCUUGGAGUAAGAACUACACACCCACAGGCGAAUCUACCUUUUAUGUAGUGGCUGACUUUGGGCGUUAAAAAUUCAGCGGCGCUCUGUGCAAUGCCAAAAAAUGGUGUCCCCCCCCCCCCACCUUUCAUUGUUUGUCAUUGUUUGGCACCCCUCUUGGCUCAAUGCCCAGUGCUGGCAAACCAGUCGUAUUCCCCUAAAUCUUCCUGUUUUAUGUCUGUGUGCAUCUCUAUUUUGAGUGUGCCUCUCUAAAGAGGCAAGUUCAGACCAGUCAUUCAUGCAGAGAUGCAACAUACUCUCCUCUGAGGGUGGUUAAUUCUAGUGUGUGUCUGAAUCAGAGGGCUUGACUGAUAAAAAUCUCACCCAAAUCUGUGAGGUAACAGAAUUUCCUGCUUCUGCCAAGGCUGAAUGGAAGGAGCAAAGUCCAGAGCAAUGGAUCAUGCAGAGAUGGAGGCAGGCUCCUCUGUGUGGGUGGGCGUGUUUUUGCUCAUGGAAAACUUCAGAUAUUUCAUUAUUAUGGCCCUCAGUUUGGGAAUUAACAAGUCUACCACUGUUGUUGUUGUUGUUUAGUUGUUUAGUCGUGUCUGACUCUUCGUGACCCCAUGGACCACAGCACGCCAGGCACUCCUGUCUUCCACUGCCUCCCACAGUUUGCUCAAACUCAUGCUGGUAGCUUCGAGAACACUGUCCAAACAUCUCGUCCUCUGUCGUCCCCUUCUCCUUGUGCCCUCCAUCUUUCCCAACAUCAGGGUCUUUUCCAGGGAGUCUUCUCUUCGCAUGAGGUGGCCAAAGUAUUGGAGCCUCAGCUUCAGGAUCUGUCCUUCCAGUGAGCACUCAGGGCUGAUUUCCUUAAGAAUGGAUAGGUUGGAUCUUCUUGCAGUCCAUGGGACUCUCAAGAGUCUCCUCCAGCACCAUAAUUCAAAAGCAUUGAUUCUUCGGCGAUCAGCUUUCUUUAUGGUCCAGCUCUCACUUCCAUACAUCACUAAGUCUACCACUAGUGCAUCUAAUUUCCCUUAAGAAGGUUGAAUACGCCUGGUGUCUCCUUCUACAUGAGUCUAUUCCAGUAUCCUGAGCUGGUCAUGUUAUUUUGAAAGGCUGCUGGAUUCCCUCUGUUUGUGUUAAAAGUGUGCAUUGGAGGCAGACAAGUCCGUUUGGCAGCUUACAAUACCGGAAACCCAUUUUGCUUUAGAAUUCUGGUAAAGGAGUUUUAGGCGUUGUAGUUUCGGUGGCUGAGCUAAACCCCAAAGAGGUUUCGUUUUGCAUGUGGUUAGUACCUAAAGUUUAAAACACACACACACACACACACACACACACACACACCCCAGAAGUGAAAAUGUUCAAGACAGUUUAAGGAUGACAGUAUACAUUGCUGCCUUGUAUCUUCAGCAUCUGUGUAUUGGUUCCAGAUAGAAGUGGGUGGAUGACGGUUAGGCAAAGUGAUCAUGCCAAGUUGACUUCUAUUUUAAGAACGCUUUUGAAUCGGGCCAGCAUGCCUUCUGGUCCGGCACUCUAUUCUCACGGUAGCCAACCAGAUGACUACGGGAAGCCUGAAAGCAGAAUUAUGUCAUGCCACACCCCACAUUUCAUCCAUACUUUGUCUCCUACCUGACCCUGACCAGUCCCAGACUCAGCAAGGUUGUUGCCUUGUGCGCCUUCAGACCAUGAUCAAUAAGUCAUUUGCAGUUCAUCAACUCAUUUCUAUUUGACACCUCCUCUUCCUGAGCCGUUUCUGUUGUAGCUGGGAACUGCUGUGUAAUGUUAAGAAUUCCUGGUUGUGUUUGCUUGUUUUCCUCUCCCCUCCUCCUUUAUUUUUCCUUUUGUGCCAUGUCUUUCAAACUGUAACCCUCUGCGCAGGAACCGUCUAUAGAUAUAAACUAUUAGCUGCUUAUAAAACCGUGCUACAGAAAUCUAGUACCCUAUGAGGUUUUAUACACAGCAGAUGUAAAAUGUUCGUAUUUUUGAUGUACAACGAGUCAACUUACAAUGCACGAUCAGUUUGGAGAUAAGCAGGCAUUCAAUGUAAGAGGCACGCCAAUGAAAGCAAAGCUCAGUCAGGCUGGAACUGCCAAGUUCCACAUAGAAAUCUGUUUAAAACAGAUUCCUCCUCCCUGCGUAUCUGUAGUUCACAGUGUUAACUACACUGUCGUCUUGCUAUCUUAGCAUUGAUCAUCAGGGCUUAAGAUGGCAUCAAGGCCUCAGAAGUAUCUGACUGCAUGUAAAGAAGUGGUACAAUAUUACCAGGGCUGGCAUUAUAACAAAAACAAAAAAGUGGGGGAGAAUAAAAACUGUAAGUAAAAUGCUUCAUUCUGAAAAAAAUAAAAUAAAUAACUACAGUUGUACCUUUGUUUUCAAACAGCUUAGUUCUCGAAUGUUUUGGUCCCUGAACGCCGCAAACCCAGAAGUGAGUGUUCCAGUUUGUGAAUGUUCAUUGGAACCAGAACAUCCGACGCGGCUUCCGCAGCUUCUGAUUGGCUGCAGGAGCUUCCUGCAGCCAAUCAGAAGCUGCACUUUGGUUUUCGAACGUUUUGGAAGUCGAACAGACUUCCGGAAUGGAUUCCAUUCGACUUCCAUGGCACGACUGUAUCCAGUUUAAGCUGUGUGGUAACAUCUACAAAGGGGACUGGCAACUUGUAUCCACCCAUAGCUUGGAUGAGAGACCUUUGUGACCCAAGUACAGAUGGCGACCAUUUCUCAUGGAGGUUCUGUUCCUGCCCCCUGCGUGUUAUACGGGGCGUGUAUAAGUGCCCCCCCAUUCCCUGCCCCCAAUUUUGCCCUGUUCUGCCUCCUUCCGGAUCCAGAAGGAACUGUGUGUUGACAAUUGCGUGUCAAUUGAAGGCGCCUAAAAUGGUUGCCAUUUCUGAAUCAUGAGGCUAAAACUUCUCUAAUACAUUGUCCUCCAUAAAUGUAUCCAGAAUGAAAUUCUGGACUCCUACCCUUGUUCUUUAGUAGACUUUUUGCAAACCUAUCGCUUCUUUAACAAGGCACCAACGAUCUCGCACCAUUGUCUUGACUGACUUGUCUUGUGGUUUUUCCCUCCCUCCCAGUUGGCCCUUUGCGUGUGGAGUUUUCACUGACUGUGGAUUUGAAGAAAGUGGCAGGCGACAACCCCGAAGUCAGGGAAGGAGGACGCUAUACCCCAAAGGAAUGCAGAGCGCUUGAGAAAGUGGCGCUUAUCAUCCCGUUCAGAAAUCGAGAUGAACACUUGAAAUACUGGCUGUAUUAUCUUCAUCCAAUCCUUCAAAGGCAGCAGCUUGAUUAUGGUAUAUAUGUAAUUAACCAGGUAAGAGAUUACCAGAUUCCAAAUAGCCUAUUGCGUUUGCGAAAGGAGCACGUGCAUGUUGUCACUUUCAGACAUGUUGUGGACUUUUUGCUGAGUGAAUUGCUAAAAACGGUUUUGCGGUGUGUAAUGCCUCAUGGUUGGUUUAACUCUGCUAGCAACAGGAGUGUUGUGGAAUUGUGCAAAAUUGUGUAAAAACAAAGAAAGUUUAGGAAAGGUUUUCCUCACCCUUGUUGCGGUAUUAUAAUAUGCUCAGCUAAAGAUUCUGAUGGUUAAGGGUUCCUUCGUAUAAUGCAUUUUACAACAUUUAGAUUUGGUCAUGGUAUAUGAGCUCCUGGAGAGCAUUUCCUUCCUUCAUAUAGAAAAUAAAAUCUAUACAAAUCUAAUUUAGCUUCCCCUCAACUUCCCUCCUUUCUGUGGUUAUUUAUUUUAUAUCUUUUUAUUACUGCAUAUCCGAUUCAAAUAUAUUUACAAAUUUUCCCUUAUCUUCCCCUCUAAACAAGAAAUUUAACAAAAAGGAAAAACGAGCAAAGAUAAAAAAAGGGUGGAUUAGUGAGGGAAACCCUUAGCUCAUAUUACAUACAUGAAAAAUAACCAUAAAUAUGUUUAUAUUAAUUUAAACAGAUAGAUCUAUGCAGUCCAGAUAGGUAUCCACACAAAGUUGACAUUUAUAAGAAAUGUGUUCAAAUUAUAAUUUAUAUUCCAACCUUUUUCAAAAGAUCUCAGGGCGAUGUACAACAUUAAGAACACAUUUUGUAGAGCCUAAUAAUAAAAACAUAACAAUAGACAACAUAAUAAUAAAAUAAUGUAGCAAGGUGAGUGUAUAUCCUUCCAAUUUUUAUAUUUCUGUUUGCUAGAUCUGAGCUGUUUAGUGUCAUUGGGCUGACAGAGCCUCUUUGUACCUUGAUGCUCAAACAGUGGCAAUAGGUUGUUGGUACAGCGAGAGAAGCCUAUAGCCUCCCUUGGCUACAAGUUGCCCAGACUGAGGGAAUGGCUGUGGAUCUGUGAACUGUCUGUGUCCAGGGCAGCUGUCUACCAGCUCCAUCUGGUACGCCGGCUGAGACUGCAGACUGUCUCCCCAGAGUGGUGCAUGCUCUGGUUAUCUCUCGUUUGGACUACUGCAGUGUGUUCUAUGUGGGGCUACCUUUGAAGGUGACUCAGAAGCUACAAGUAAUCCAGAAUGCGGCAGCUAGACUGGUGACCGGGAGUGGCCACUGGGGCCAUAAAACACCGGUCCUAAAGGAUCUUCACUGGUUCCCAGUACAUUUCCGAGCACAAUUCAAAGUGUUGGUGCUGACCUUUAAAGCCCUAAAUGGCUUUAGGGCAUCUCCACCCCCAUCACUCAGCCUGGACACCGAGGUCCUUCUCCAAGGGUCUUCUGCUGGUUCCCUCACUGCAAGAAGUGAGGUCAUAGGGAACCAGCCAGAAGGCCUUCUCUGUAGUGGCGCCCGUCCUGUGGAAUGCCCUCCCAUCAGAUGUCAAGGAGAUUAAGAACUACAUUACUUUUAGACAACAUCUGAAGGCAGCCCUCUUUCGAGAAGUUUUUAAUGCUUGAUGUUUUGCUAUGUUUUAUAUAUGCUGUAAGUCGCCCAGAGUAGCUGGGGAAACCCAGCCAGAUGGGUGGUGUAUAAAUCAUCAUCAUCAUCAACAACAACAUUAUUAUUUAUAGGACUUGUAGCACUGGAUUGGUCAUUUUUGUGUCACCUGAGGUCCCAAGCCAAAGGAUUUGGGAAUUGUACAACGACUGCAAUUGGGACUUCCUGCAGUUCCCUUCUCUAGCCAGCAGUCUUGGUUGAUCUGUGAGGUACUGCAGAACUUUUAACUGAUAGGCUUGUAUUAUAAUGGACUAUACUUAGUUCUGUUGUAUUGACUGAAUAUCUAUGACAUUUAGUUGCGUUUUGUUGUACGGUACUUGGAAUGAGUUUACACAUUAUAUUGAAAAUUUUAGUUGCCUCCUCUAGUUAUUAUCACACAGGGUUUUUGCUUGUCUGCUCAGAGUUAUCUCUUAAUGUCUUCUUUGUCUUUGUGCUGAGCUUUGGGGAAGCAGAAUACACCUGGUUUUUUUGCUGUGUUGUUUUUUUUAGCUUUCUUAAUCUUCAUGAGCCAAACUGAUGCUUUUUUCAUGUGCCAGUUUCAUAGGGUAUGUACAUCUGCAUAACACAACCGUCUCAUACUUUUUCCACAGAAUAACAAAUAGUUCCAGAUUCGGGGCACCUUUUUUUAGCAGUUUAGGCAGGUUUCGUUUGAAUGAGAUUUCAAUAAAGCAGUUAUGAAAUUACACUGAUGACCUGGGGGCAGGUUGUUUGUUAGCUUAAGAGACAAACUUCAUUGUUGCCAUCAAACAUAUAACGUGUGUUUCCCCAUUUGGCUCCCAAAACAAUAAGCAGGAAUGUUCCUUUGCAAAGUAGAAUAGCCUGUUUUUAAUAUUGGUUUAUGGCAUCUCAUCUUCCCUCUUGCUUUAUUGCUCAGGGAUGGGACCCGAUUUCUCAGCAAUGGUUAUGUUCUGGGAUUGCCUAUCAGUUUCAGCGCUGGCUGUGUUGGGGAAAUCCAGGACACCCUUGGUUAUUUUCUUGGGAUGUUGGCAGGACAGAUGAUGGUCAGUGGUACAUGGAACUUCUCUGCUCAUUGGGUCAUUGACUAGUGGAGGGGUCCAAAAUGGUGGCUUAAUUUUUCAAGACAUGCAUCUGGAGGUCAUGCGGUUUGAGUAUCGCUGGGAUAUACAUCUGAUGGGGUCUUACUCUUUGCCAUCUGAUACCUACUACAAAUGUCUUAAGAAGGAAAAUGCUUAUCACGAUUUGUUCAGUUAAACUUCUGUCUUGUCCUUUGAAAUUGUUGUUUGCUUCAAUCAGCAUAGGAUGGGAUGUGAGGCCAUUUAAUUGUGUUUCUCUGUGGCUGAACGAAGGUUUCUAGUUCUUUUGCUAAGGAGUAAUUUGUGCAGACAUAGAAAUAAGUUUCUAUGGGGUAAGUUGAUGGCACCCUGAUCCAAAAUAUGCUUGAGUUGGAAAGAAAUUCCGUUGACUUUCACAGAGCUUACUUACAAAGGUUAUUAGCGUUCAGGGCUCUGAUGAAAUUCUGCUAAAAAAGGGCUCCAUAGUUUGGAAAGAAAAACAGGGGAUGGUGGAUAACAGUAAGCAUACACAGGCUAGGUGUGUACAGAGUAUAAUUGUGUCGCUGCUUUUCCCCAUUGUGCUGCAGAAAUCAUACAAAAGUUACUGAGCAUCAUGACCUAAUUUGUCAAUGAAGCAUUCAGUUUAGCUAACUUCCUUAAAGCAGUGUUAGUUUUGUGUGCAUCAAGCAACACUGGCAAUGAGCCUAAAUUAUCCAGAUAGUAUUUUUCUUGGGUUAUGAGGAGCUUUUAAAACCUGCUAAGAAAACGUUCUUAUUUCUUUGCUCUCUUGACAAUUGCUUUCUCUCUCUUUCUUUUUUCCCCUCCCUUGUCUGUCCUUCCUUUGCAUCCAUUCUUCCUUCUCUUCUCCCUUCCUUCUAGGGGGGGAAAUCUUACCUUUCUCUUGUUAAACCUGUCCUAUAGCAAAGCAAUCGCUGAAGCAAGGAGAGUUUGUAUGUGAGCGAUUGAUUCUUACUCCAUCUGCGUCCUUCUGUACUCUGCAUCUGGUAGGAAAAAAGGAAGGAAGGAAGGAAUGCUGACCACUCUACUGCUUCAAUGGUAACGUCCCACCUCUUAACUUUCGGUGCAAUGCAAAUUCAAACUUGAAUCUACUGCAGGUUUACCACUGACUUUUUGAACCUCUGAAAUGCAUUAAAUUGGGCUGAAUACUGAAAUGGAGAUGGGUGGAGGUGAGGGGGAUGUGAUGUGAGAAUAUAUAAAAUGGAAGUUGGGCCGCUGGAGCCAGUGGAAAAAACUGGAUGCUAAUUGACCCCUCUCUAGUAUGCAGUUUGCCUCACUCUUUUUAAACCAUGGUCAUGCUGGCCACAUGACCCGGAAAAACUGGCUGCGGACAAACGUCGGCUCCCUCGGCUAGUAAAGCGAGAUGAGCGCCGCAACCCCAGAGUCGUUUGCGACUGGAUUUAACUGUCAGGGGUCCUUUACCUUUAAGUUACUUGCUAUGCAGUCACAUCUCAAUGGUGCACCUGCUCUCUGUUUGUUGCACAGUAUUCUGGCUGAGAUGAUUGCUCAGUGGACGCUCAACAGCCUGGUUUACACAACACACUAAACUAUGGUUUAUAAACCAUGGUUUAGUUAACCAUAGUUAAAAUGAUCCAAACAGGCCCCUGCAACUUAACUAUAGGUUACAAAUUAUGGUUAGCAGGCGCUUGUUAACCAAGAUUUGCAGUCAGUUUAUAAAAGUUGGUUUACAUUAACUUAUAAUUAAGCUAUAAAACAGGUCUGUUCUACAGCACAGAGAUUUGCUUUUGGGCUCCAUCUAACUUUGAAAUUGCAUUGACUUGUCUGACAAGGAACUCUUGUGGGCCUGCCAGGAAACUCCUCUGCAAUAAAUUCAGCGGAGCAUUAUAGGGUUUACAUAGCACUUACACCACCGGCCAAGACCUUUGCAUGCAUUUGAGUGUGUUGUCGAGCAGACUGAACAACCUCCUGAGGCAAAUAGUUGCAAACAGCAACCUGUUUUUCAGGGAUCCCCCCCCCAAUAGAUAGUCUUAUCACUGGACAAGCCUUGGUGAACUUCUGCGAACAUCGGAGAGCCCUGGAACACAGAGCGAAAAGCAUUAAGCUACAUUUAUAGAAAGAACAGAGCAGCUAUUUACUUGUUAACUUAAGAAAUCUGCGUCUGCUGUUGCAACUUCCUAAUGCGAUAAUAAAUGAGAGAUUUAAUUAGCAAGGACAUGAACUCUCUCCUGCAAAACAGAGGCAGGAUGGGAAGCCUCUAACUUCUGAGCUCUGCCAGCCUCAAGGAAGUAGCAACGUCCAAGUCUGAACUGAACUCGCCAAGCUUGCAACGCCAAUCUUACGCUCUUCAUUCUUUCUUAGAUAAUAUUUGUGCAGGAUAAUUAAUGCGCGCCAGCUGUUGCACAUGUUGCAAUUUUGGAGCAAAGAGCUCUGUGUGGGAUUGGCUGACUUAGGAGAGCCAACGGGAUUUUUGUCUGCCCAGACUUGACAGAAACCUACAGCUGCUGCUCUAGGCAGAAGUCCAGCUGGCUCUCUGAACCAACUGGUAAUUAGUUUGAGCUUUCUUAUUUGAGGAGCGCAGUGGAGGUGUGUUGGGUAUCCUCAAAAUGGUGUCUGUACAGUAACUCUUGCAGUCAGCUUUGCUGAUUUCUAGUGGUAUAUAAUAUAUAGUGACAUAAAACGCUGAGGGCUUGUCCACACUCUCACUUGUCCUGUGCCUUAGAAAGGUCCAAGUGGUUUUCCAUUUGUCCCUUGCUAACCACACCACCCCCACUGGAAAAACCCGCUAUUUAGCGUGAAAUUGGAGCAAGCGUCAAUCCGGAGAAAACCUGAUUGACGUUUGUUGUCUUUCAGCUGUUGUUGGCAUCCUUUUGUUUCAAGUGACAGAGGAGUCUGCCCUGUGGGGCAAAGUCAAGCCGCAGGAGAAUAACAGCGCCGGCUGAGGCUGGCAACGUGUAGCUGCUACCUCCCACGUUGUUUUCGUUGGUUUAGCAGCACUGAAGCGAUCUCUCUGGGGCACAAGCCUGGGCAGCGUGUAUGGAGUUCCUGGGCUGCCCAGAUGACAAGACCCCGUUUUCGGACCCACUGACAUGGUCCAAAGGAAAGCAGGGCAAUACGUUUGGCACCAGCUUGGCUGCAGGAGUUGCUAGAAGGAAGCGUACAAGGUGCCAUCCAACCAUCUUAGGGACUCCCUCGCCUGGUUUAGCCGGCCAGUCGAAUCCGUUUCCCAGGGUGUGUCUGCUGUCACAUGCUGACAGCUUUUAGGAGCCACAGGUGAGAGCUGAGUGCAGGUUCGGGACCAAAGGUGGACAAACUACCCCUGAAGGAGCACAAUGUGUCCCCCACCAGAGGUACCACCCCUCCCCUAAAACCCCAUACAAGUUUUCCUGUGCGAAAGCAGCGGGGCAAGCAAAGUUGUGGAUGAGACUUUAAACAAUUAAGAACUAGGAGACCCUUCUUCAGAGGCAGUGUAGAGAUUGUGAAUUUUGUGAAAUCUUUGAAGGCAGGAUGCUUAGCUAAAUCUUCUUUUUGCUAGGUGAUUGUUUUAAUCAUUCAAAUUAUUAUUUAUACCCUGCUUUUUAGCCCUGAAAAGUGUCUUCCUAGUUAGCAAACGAAGCGGGAGUGCUGAUAAUACAAAUUCUCUUAACUUGCGCCGAGCAGGAAAAAAAGAGAUGUUUAUUUGGGGCUGGAAUUUGUGUGUUGACUUCAGUAUUGUAAUAUAUAAAUAGAAAAUGCGCUGGGAAGAUGUAAUAACAGAAAUAAAUGCCAUCCUAGUUCAUUAAGGAGCUCAAAUUAGGUCUGCUUUCUGUCUUCUCGGGAGAGAACUCGGGGGUGAUGUCAAAAUGUUUAGUUGUGUUCAUGUUGGGGGUAGCUAAAUUAAUGAUAGCCCAAUACUGGAAGGAAGCUGUUGGUUUGAGUAAAACUAAAUGGUGUGAUUAAGUGUGGCAUUUGUUAUUAAUGGAAAAGUUAAGAGUCCCCUCUCAGUCUCUGUGUGUAUAUUUUGUUAUUAAGACUCAGGAAAAAGGAAGAGAGAGAAAACACUCACAUUUUUUCUGACUUUCCCUUCCCCCUGUGGGUUUGGUCCUUCCAUCUGUCUAGGGGUUAAGGGGCUGUUUGAAAGCGCUGGUUACCUAGCAGAUACCACUGGGCUUGACAGUUUUCCAAAACUCUGGAACAAGUUCUUCCCUUGUGUCCCCGCAGAUGGAAGAUAGAAAUGUGAUUUCUUUGUUGUUACCCCUAUUUCCCACCCCCACCUCCCCAGGUCUACCAGUCUUUCUUCAACCAGGACUUUAAUCUUUUUCUCCCUCUGCCUUUUCCUUGCCCUGUUAAAUUUGCAAAAUAAGAACAAUAAGAAUGGCUAGAGCCUCUGCAAGCUGUACAUUGGUUCCAGAUGAACUGUUUUUCCCCUCUAAGGAGGCAUGUUUCACCAUACUCUGCUGCUGGCCAAACUAGAUAUUCUGUGGCUUUGGGAAGCUGGAUCUCUGCCAAACCUCUAAAAAGCAGCGGGGAGUGCAAUUUUGGAGGGAAGAAAAUAGGUGGGGGCAGGAUCCACCCAGUCUCUCUCGGAGAUCCAGAGAGGCCUAGGCCACUUCCAGCUUUUGAGGCCGUAGCCACAAUAUAUAUAUUUUUAAAAAACAGAAACACACAGGAAUAAAAUAAGGCACCAAAAAAAGAGUGGGAGGUUUGGACACAUUCAGCAUGGUCUACGUUUGUGCCAUCAGAACUGAUCUGUUUCUAUUUAUUUCCCUACGUAAGGGAGCUUUUAAGUGUUUAAUACUUUAUUAUGUUUUUAUAUAUGGUGGAAGCUGCUCAGAGUGGCUGGGGCAACCAGUGGGGUACAAAUAAAUUAUUAUUAUUAAUUAUUAUUGACAUUUACAAACCGUCUCAGUUCUUUAACAAAACUAUAUGUUUACAAAAAUAAUAAUACUGUAUAUAUAUUUUACCAAAUAUAUGGAGGAGAGUUAAGCAGCUGGCACUGCUGCAACUGUCCCAGAUAUGUUGUCAAAGAGUAGCAGAUGAUGAAACUGGAAAAAUAAAUAAAUCUUUCCUAUGUAAAUGUUCUCUUGCCCAGCUGAAUGCCAGCUUUGACCUGCUUUUAAUAUUUACAUCUUCUUGAACUGUUUCCAAGUGUUCAGUUUGUCUAUGUUACUUACAUGGCAGAUGGAUCAGUUGACCCAAAACCACCAGACCAAACUUGGAUGGACUGCAAAUGUAUUUUGAUUCUGCAGCCCACAGCAGAAGUUGUGUGUGUUGUGCAAACAGACAAUGGCUCUGUUGCUUCUGUAUGGAGUAGAUAAUAAUAAUAAUAAUAAUAAUAAUAAUAAUAAUAAUAAUAAAUUUUAUUUAUAUCCCGCCCUCCCCAGCCGAAGCCGGGCUCAGGGCGGCUAACAACAAUCAAAUAAUCAGACAAUCAAAUAAUCCAACAUUCUAAAAACAUUUCAUUAUAAAAAUUAAUUAAAAUCAAAUUAAUGGCAACCGUUAAGCAAAAUUCUGUGCAGGUUGCCGGAGGAGGGAGUCGGGCUGCGCCCUGACCAAAGGCCUGAUGGAACAGCUCUGUCUUGCAGGCCCUGCGGAAAGAUGUCAGGUCCCACAGGGCCCUAGUCUCUUGUGACAGAGCGUUCCACCAGAUUGGAGCCACAGCCGAAAAAGCCCUGGCUCUAGUUGAGGCCAGCCUAACCUCUCUGUGGCCUGGGACCUUCAGGGUGUUUUUAUUUGCAGACCGUAAGGUCCUCCAUGGGGCAUACCAGAAGAGGCGGUCCCGUAGGUACGAGGGUCCUAGGCCGUAUAGGGCUUUAAAGGUUAAAACCAGCACCUUAAACCUGAUCCUGUACUCCACCGGGAGCCAGUGCAGCUGGUAUAGCACCGGGUGAAUGUGAUCUUGCAGCGAAGACCUCGUAAGGAAUCUCGCUGCAGCAUUCUGCACCCGCUGGAGUUUCUGGGUCAGUCUCAGGGGCAGCCCCACGUAGAGCGAGUUACAAUAAUCCAGUCUGGAGGUGACCGUCGCAUGGAUCACAGUGGCUAGGUCAGGGCGAGAGAGGUAAGGAGCCAACUGCUUAGCUUGGCGGAGAUGGAAAAAUGCCGCCUUUGUUGUAGCUGCAAUCUGCGCCUCCAUGGAAAGGGAGGUGUCGAAGAUUACACCCAAACUCUUAACGGACGGUGCUGGCACUAAUUGCGCCCCGCAAGAGAUGGGAGUUGCCCCCAAUCCCAUAUCGCCCCGUCCCAGCCACAGGACCUCUGUCUUCGAAGGAUUUAGCUUCAACCGGCUCCCACGAAACCAUCCAGCCACAGCUUCCAAACAUCUAGUCAGUGUGUCUGGGGCCGAGUCAGGAUGGCCAUCCAUCAACAGAUAGAGUUGGGUGUCAUCGGCAUACUGAUGGCAACCCAGCCCAAAACUCCGAACAAGCUGGGCGAGGGGGCGCAUAAAGAUGUUGAAAAGCAUCGGGGAGAGUAUCGCACCCUGAGGUACUCCACACACCAAGGAGUGGCGCGAUGACAAUUCCCCCCCAAGCGCCACCCUCUGUCCCCGACCAGAGAGAAACGAGCGCAGCUAAAUUAAUACGCAGCUAAAUUUGGGCAACACAAUUUUGGACUGUUCCUUUCCCCCCGCCCCCAAAGGAGGAGGUCAGUGCAAGACCCAGGAGGAACCUUACUGCUGUCUUGUCUUGAAAAUAGUUUUAAGAUAGAGUUUUAUUUUCUUGGUUCAAAUCUCUCUCCUUAUGUUCUGUUUCACUUCGUCAGGUUUCAGCGCUGUGUCCAACCUCACUUCUCCAUUUCUUGUUACACAUGAACUAGCAGAUAUUCUGUUUCCUAAUUUCUUUUCUAUGUUGAUUUUGCCUCAGGAAAGAGCCUGUCACAAAGCAGCAAGCAAGUUACCCCAGAGCAUUUUAAGCCAAGUAUUUUGCCCUUUUUAAAAAAGGAAACAGUUCAGAUUCUGACCCAAGAAACUGAACCCUACGACCUGUAUACAUUAUGCAGAUUCAGUAGAUUUUCAUACUUUCAGGUUUUUCCCCACCUUAUCCCCCAAGCUCAGAGCCUUUGUUUAAAAAACAACAACCUGUACUUCGUGGAAGUGCUGUGGGUGCCAGCAAAAAAUGGCAGCAAAAAAGAGGUGACAGUACUCUCUAUUGGUGAGUGCCAUGAGCAACCCCCCUGCCCUGCUUAUCUGUAUAAUGCUUAUUUAGGAAAAAAGGAAAAUUGGAAGUGCAAACAUACAUUUACAUACAUACGGUAUGUAUGUAAUUACACACACACAAUUACAAUAUGGUAAAAAAACAAUAUAUUGAAGAGUAUUUCACCUUACAUUUCAGUGAAUGUAAUUGUGGUUCAGAAUAGCUUUUGUUUUUUUACAGUAAAAUCCUCUGUAUGAGUUCCGUUGAGCUUACUUUCUCAAAAAUUUGUGUUUAGGGCUGCAGCUUAGAAUUUUGGUAGCCUUUCACCCAGCCAUUUAGUUGACAUUCUACAGGAGCUUAAGGGUUCUCUAAAUAUCUUUAGGACCUUGAACCCACCCAAACCUUUCUUUGGCAAGAAUUUAACCUUGUUGCAUUAUAACCUUGUUGCAUUUAAAUAAAUGAUAAAGGUGUCAGUUCAUUAAAGCAUAAUCAAGAUAUGGAAGUGUACAGAAGUGAAAGUUGGUUGUCUCUGGUGAGAUGGCUUCUUCUUAAGUGCAUGUGAAAAGGAGGAGGAUGUGCAUGAAAGGCUUUUAUAUCCGAAUCCUUUGCUUAAGGCACUUGGCUUGUGAUUUCCUUCCUGCAAUUUUUCCCCUGUGGUUAUUUAUUGCACUAGGGAAAGAGGUGGGGGGAGUUGGAACCAACACAAUUCAUUCAAAGAGGGGAUUAACCGCUAGAAAACAAUGCCAGGGAAUCUUGGUUUGUUAUGUUUAAAUUUCCCUAAAAGGAAGCACAGUCAGCAUUAAUAAACGUUUUUAAUAGUGCAUUUCCAAUAUACAGAGGGCUUCAUAUACACUGAGGCAGGUGCUUAUGAGCAGCCAAAGCUGCAAUAGGGGCUUCAUUAAAUCCACCUAAUGAGCUCACGGUUUGUUAGUUAUUUUUUGUUGAUUUUCAAGAUGAUUAUAUAAAACCAAACCUAUCUGCUGUUACAUUGGUGUGGGUGAGCACUUCAUACAGUAUCGUUAUACAGUGGUGCCUCGCAAGACGAAAUUAAUCCGUUCCGCGAGUCUCUUCGUCUUGCGGUUUUUUCGUCUUGCGAAGCAUGGCUAUUAGCGGCUUAGCGGCUUUAAGAAAAAGGAAACAAACUCGCAAGAACUCGCAAGAUGUUUCGUCUUGCGAAGCAAGCCCAUAGGGAAAUUCGUCUUGCAGAAUGACUCAAAAAACGCAAAACCCUUUCGUCUAGCGAGUUUUUCGUCUUGCGGGGCACCACUGUAUAUUAUAUAACUAAAGGGAUGUGAGACAAUUGCCAAAUUGUCUGUGUGCAUGGUCUAUGACAUCCAUAUAGAUUUGGCUAUUUCUGGCAAAGAGAUGUACAUAUUUUGAUCCAUGGUAAAUUGAAUAAAGUCCCACCAUACUGCACUAAAAUACGCAUUGUGGUUUUGCUUUACCCUGUAUCAAUUGUAGACUGGACAUUAUCUUCUCUGAGAUUACAACAGACCAAAUGUUCCAAGGUUGUAUAGACAGGUUGUCUAACUCCUUCCUGUGCUGCACUCUUGAAUUCAUGGAUGAGAUGAGAUUUUACCUGAGGUCUUCUCAACUCCCCCUCUUAGCUGCCCACCUUAGUGGGGAAAGAGGAGAGGGCCAUAAAGGGGUGCUACUUUGGGCAGCAACCAAGUCAUCUUUGUGUUACGAUCUUCCACAAUCUACAUCAUUUUGUUAACCCUUUUUAUUUUUGUGGCCAUUCAGCAAGGGGGCUGGGGACAUGGAGACCCUCAGCAGCAGGCAGGGCAGGAAUCCAUGUGUGGGGGUGCCUGGCUCGCACCCCCUCAAAAUCAUGCACCUGGGGCUACAAACCCCCCGAGGUCCUCCCCACGCUCCAACCCUGUAGUAAUCUACUAAAUGGACCAAUGUUCUGAUUCAUGAUAAGGCACAUACUUCCUGUGUCCUAUGCAGUUAUCUUAAAGGUUUUGGUAGGAUCUGCUGUCUCCCACUGUACACAUUUUAACAUAAUAAUGUUCACCCAGCAUAUCUUAACUGUUGUAUUUUAUCCUCUAAGUCACUUCUUUUGGGGGGUGGGGGGGUGGGAUGCCGACACAACUAACAAAUGUAGUACAGUGGUACCUCGGGUUAAGUACUUAAUUUGUUCCGGAGGUCCGUUCUUAACCUGAAACUGUUGUUAACCUGAAGCACCACUUUAGCUAUUGGGCCUCCUGCUGCCGCCACACGAUUUCUGUUCUCAUCCUGGAGCAAAGUUCUUAACCCGAGGUACUAUUUCUGGGUUAGCGGAGUCUGUAACCUGAAGUGUAUGUAACCUGAAGUGUAUGUAACCCGAGGUACCACUGAACUGUAGUAACAAAUCUCCCUCUCUCUGAGUGGUAACCAGGCAGAAGGUUGUCCUCUCAAAAUGCCUAAUUAUUUCUGAACUGAAUGUUACUCUGCUGCUACUAUUAAAAAUCCUGUUCUGGAGAGUAUACAUUUAAAUAGGCUUUAAAGAGGGUGAAGGCCUAGCAAUACAACUCUACUGUCACGGAAGAGAGAGUUGCAAGAUUGUCACGAUAAGCCUUAAAGAAGAAAGAGCACCUGUUGUCUCUUCAGUACGGCUUCUCCUGUCCUGCAGCAUUUUCCAAUGCUAACCUUGAAUGCUGGCAUGAAUUGUGGUUUCAGUGCUAUCUGCAUUGUUAUCAGUGUUUUUCUGCACGGAACGCCUGUUUGCUUGAUAUGACGUAAACAUAAAUUAGGUAUUAGCUGGGCAAACACACACCCAGAAGGUGUUUAUUUGGAAGCUGUGAGAAGUCAUGGAAGCUGUGGUGCUACGUUUGUCCUGCCAUUAGUAUCUUGGAUGGGUGAGUAGGGCUAUGCUUGAGGGGUCAUUAUUACAAAGCUUUUCUGUCCGUAAAGGUUCAGUGCCAUUUCACAUAACCCAACUGGGAUUCUUCCUUUCAUGUGUCUGGACUUGAGCCAUGCCGAUAGCAAAUGGGUUGUGAGAUUACGCCUCUAUGGUGAACAAGUGCAAACUUGCUGAUAACACUUUGCUUUGUUAAAUUCAUCUGCCCUUCUCCUUUCUUUUUUUUAAAAAAUAAUAUUUAUUAAGAGUUUAAAAGUUACAGAAAAAAAAGUUAAACAAGCAAAAAAGCGAAAAGAAACAACAAACAAAAAACAACACAAUACAAUACAAGACAAAUAAAACAAAACAAAGACCAUUUUAAACAAUUUCAAUGUCAUAUCUUUCAUUCGCUUAUUUCCACGACUUCCUCACACCUCCCUUUUUGUAUUCCACAUCAAUUAAUGAUUUCAGCAAUUCCUUUCCAUCUUCCUCUGUUUUCUAUCCUAUAAUUAUCUUAGCACAUUCUAACCUUAUUUUAUUCCCUUUAAUGCUCAAUUAAUCUAUUUAUACUUAAUUCCUUAUAACAUUUCUGCUAAAGCCAUAUAACUUCAUUCCCACUUUGUUCUAACAUUCAUUAAUUUUGCAAUAUUUCUAUAAAUAAUCUUUAAACUUCCAGUCUUCUUCCACCAGCUCUUCUCCCUGGUCUCGGAUUCUGCCGAUUCUCUUAGCCAGCAAAAAGCAGAUGAUUCACAACAAAAUUUAGAGGUCUGGCAGGGCAAGUCCACCUCCUUCUUUAGCAUCCGUUAAUAUCUUAAAUUUUGCUCGAGGCUUCCUGCCCUGCCAUACAGAUCUAGAGACAUCCCUCUGCCACCUCCUGAAAUAAUCCCUCCCAUCCAAAACUUGCAAUGUUUGAAACCAAGGCAACAUCCCCAACCUCACCGCAACCCUCGUCCCCACCACAGCAACUCGACCCAACAAUAGCAACUUCCAAUUUAGUCCUAUUUCCAAAUCCCCCUUGUCUUCAAGCCAACGUCCUUCACAGUUGCCCUUGAAUAAAUUCACAUUUCUGGCGGUCAUGCUAACCCCCCAAUACCUCUCUUUCUCAACCAAUGUUAGUCCUAUCUCCUCCUGAAACUCUAUCAAGGUUUCCUUUUCCUCGGGUGGGCUCUGAUCUUCAAUUUCAUCUGUUUCUCUUUAAGUUCAGUCAUAUCAGGUGUCAGCUCAUAUUCAUCAAAUCGUCCUUGUAUGGAUGGGACUCUCUCUCUCUCCAGUUGAAUUACUUUAACUCCAGCAGCGAGGGUUUCCUCCUUAACUUCAUCCGCUGUUUGCCGUGUCAGGAUGGAUUCCUGAAUCAAUUUCUGGGUGAUUUCUGUAUUAAUAUUCACCUUUUGUCCCAGGUUAUUUAAACUUUCUACCAUUAAAUCAUUUUUAAUAUUUGCAGCAUCCAUUUUCAUAUUUAUCACAUCCAUUUUCUUGGAAGCUGUUCCAGCGAAUCAUUUAUAUUCACUAGUACAAUCACUAAGGCCUCUCCUGGCAACAUUCCGUCUUUCACAUCUGCCAUAACUCUCAAUAGAUUCAAGGUCAACUCACAGUCUCACGGUUUUUAUCUUACAAAUGGAAAUUUCCUAGCCCAGAUCUUGUAUAGCCGCCAGUUUCAAGAACUUCCACUAGAGGGAAACAGUUUCUAUUUGUAUUGAUAAAUAGUAUCCUCUUAAAGCACAGUUCAAACGACCCCAAACUAAUUUCAAUUUUCAGUUACUUUCACUGCUGGAAACAGUAGAAACCUUGUGUCUUCUCUUAUGCUAGCUGUCAACACGAUCCAAGCACUGUCAAUAAACGUCUCACCAAAACGUCGGACCUUCUAGCAGCCCGUUCCCAGGGUCCGAGCGGCGGUGUUUUACCUCUCUUGGUCUCUUCCGCAGGCAAACUCAGUUGACAACUUCCCUCCCCCCUCUCCUGCCUCCAAGGGGGGGAUUAUAUUCUUUACUUAUUGAAAUUUAGUCUUUUACAAAAGGCUUUCCAAGACUUCAGCUUGCAGCUUCCAUUGCUUCAGUCUACUUACAAAAGGGGAAGGUGGACUUCCUGUAUUGAACCUUCCCUGUUUCGAUGCCAAAUUAGACGUUGUUGUUUUUUUAAAUCCAAUCUUCCCAAUUAAGCUCUACUCACGGGUAGUUACUUUAGAGUCAAAUUGUCCACAGGAAAAAGUCAGCACUCUCCGACAACAGCUAUGCGGCUUCGCUCCAUGGAAGAAGCAGACGAUUCGAAGCACCACGCCGCUCACCCCACGUCGCUCCGGAUCCCCAAAACCGGGUUUCCCCGCGAGUGGGGGAGGCGCAAAUGGUGCCCGCCGAAUCUCACGCUCACAGGCUUCUCCCGCCUGUGAUUUUUAACAGGUCUCCGCCUUCGCCGUGGCGGCCAAACCCAGAUUUCCACGGAGCUGAUUCCUCCCAAUCAGAGGAAUCCAGCCAUUGCUGGAGGCGCCUCCCCGGAAGUCCCAUCUGCCCUUCUCCUUUCUGAAGACUUGAGAAGUAACAAUUUCACAGGGGAAGCUAUAAUAUAGAAUAUUAAAUUAAUUUAGCAGUUACAUAGAAAUGAGAGAGGCAGUGUCAGGCUGGACAGACUUUAAGCUUGCAAGGUCUAUGUUGCUUUUACUUCAAACCAUGAAGUCCACCCACUAGAGCCAAACACUGGCUUAAAGAAACAGCCUGCAUGCACUUUGAAUUAAGGAGCAAGACACCUUGGGGUCAUUUCAGCCCAGGAUUAUCUUUUCAUUACCAGAACUGAGCUCACAGGCCUUUGCUCAAAUAUCCAUUCCCAGUCCCGUCCCCCCUAGCUUUCUCUGUUUCAGUAGCCUAAUUUGGUGAUGGAGUUGCUUUUGUUAACCAAUGGGGAGCCAGAAAUCCUUUGUGAUCUACUGCAAAUUACCCAGAGAUCUACCAGUAGAUGAGGUUUGCUCUCUCUUUGCCUUACCUACAUCCACUAUACAGUUGUUGGGGCUAAAAUGUGAGACCCCUCUAAAAUGUGGUCAAUUAAUCUCUGUUUAACCCUAGUAAGCUGAGCACCAAGUCAGUCUCAUAGCAUUUAUGAAAGCUAUUCUGGCCUGGAAUUUGCUAGACAUACAUAAUUUUUAGAACAGUUUUCUCUAGUACUUUUGGAAACAAACCAAUCUCCUAAUAUACUUCUGAAAUACUUGCUCAUGAGAAACUUUUCUUGAAUGAGCAUUUUAAUUCUCCUUUCUUACAAUUUGGUUUUUAUGUUUCUAUAAUAAUCAAGAGCUGUUUUGUGUGUGUGUGCAGUCGGCCCUAGCUGGUUUUCCUGAAGGGUUAAUUAAAAUAAGAGAAACGUGUGGUUUCAGCCAUGUCCUAUAUCCUCCUUAAAUUGGCAAGGACACUUUUUAGUUUCAUUGAUUUAAGGAUUUAAGAAUCCUGAAAUUCUUGCCAAGUUUGUGAACAACUUCAUUAUAUUUGAAAGUCAGAGCAGAGCAGAUUACAAUUUAGAAACUCUGAAAACAAACUGACAAUACAUUAUUGCAGAAACCAUUUACUUAUUAAAAUAGCUAUAAGAAUAAGGCAGAUUUGAGAGCACCUUCAGGUAUCUUUUACUCCCUUGUAUUGCAUUAAAAAACCAGUAUGAAUUACAUGAAAAUUAGGGAACUCCCAAAAUACAGCAGCAUCCUCCUGUCCCAAUCUUUUAAAAACAAAAAACAGGUUUUUCCUUGUAUUUCCUCUUAUCAGUCUCCACAGGCCUUCUUGCUUAUUACUUUGGUUCCAAGAAUAAUAUCCCAGAAUGAAGCUGAGAACUCAGCGUCCUUUCUCUCCCGCUUCACUUCCUACAGAGAGAAGGUUUACUAGCUACCUUCUAAUCUAGAAGAUGCAAUGUUUUAUUUUGAAUAUGGGAUCUCGUCAAGUACACAACUAAUCCUAAAUCGAGGACCUCAGGGAGGUACCACUCCACAUAAUACCAUUUAUUGUACUCCUCAGGAGGAGUAACUCUUUUACACACAUAUAUAAAUAAAGUAAUAAGCACAGCUGCACCAGAUGUUCAGUAUUUGUACUGAGUGUGAUCCAAAUUGCCUCCAAUAUCUUCCUCCUCUUCUAUAGGACUAAACCCUUUUUAUAGAGGUUAGGUACCACUUCUAACCUAUCACUUACUGGGAGGAAAUGAGUCCUUAUCAAUUUCCUAUACAGUGGUACCUUGGUUGAAGAACAGUCCUGUUUAUGAACGAUUCGGUUUUCAAAUUCAGCAAAACCGGAAGUAGUGUCCUUGUUUUCAAACUUUACCUCGGUCUAAGAACGGAAUCUGAACGGUGGAAGGGCACCGGCAGCGGGAGGCCUCAUUAGGGAAAGUACAAACCACGACUGGAGACAAAAAUGGGGUCACCUGUGAACUUCAGGGAGAAGUCAAGGCCUUUAAUAAGGAAAAUAAGCUUCUUAUUCAUACCAAAAUUUAAGUGGUUUAUAAGCGAGUGGUUGCAGACCAGACAAGGUUUAGGCUUGGUCUGGGCAAAGAAACUGCUUGGUCACCCUGUAUGAUGACCUCCGUCAAGAGAGAGACAAGGGGAACAUGUCCCUGUUAAUUCUUCUUGACCUCUCAGUGGCUUUCGAUAUCCUUCUGGAGCGACUGUCCACCUAGUGCAGAAUUCAGUGGCCAGGUCACAGAAGCAAGACGGUUUGAGCAUAUUACACCGAUCCUGGUCCAACUGCACUGGCUACCAAUCAGUUUCCGGGCCCAAUUCAAGGUACUGGUUUUGACCUAUAAAGCCUUAAAUGGCCCAGGACCACAAUCCCUCAAGGACUGCCUUUUUCCAUACAAACCUACCCGGACCCUGAGAUAAUCUUCUGAGGCCCUUCUUUGUGUGUCUCCUCCUCAAGAGGUCCAGAGGGUGGCAACACGAGAACAGGCCUUCUCUGUGGAAGAGAAUAUUUUAGGACGUUGGAAAGCUGUGAAAUUCCUUACAGUGAUAGGGACUUGGUGCAUAUGAUUUCAGCCUCCCCAAGGUUUCAAGAGAGGUCUGUGUGGAAUGCAAAACAAGCAAGACCCUGGAAAAAGCAUGCUUCUUUCGGGUUGAACCAGCUGAUUUUAUAAUUUUAAGCUAAACUGAACAGAAAAACAUGGUUGAAUGAAACGUUUGAGAGAACUUUGCCACCCUCAUGUCUACAUUACUGCUUGUGAAGGGCCAGACCUAUAAUAAAUAGUAAAUGUUAACCAGCUUUUAUUGACUGUGCUUAAUAGCCCUUCUCUUUCUUACAUUAGGGUGGAGAAGCAACAUUUAACCGUGCAAAGCUUCUGAACAUAGGCUUCACAGAAGCUUUGAAAGAAUACGAUUAUGACUGCUUUGUAUUCAGCGAUGUUGACCUAAUCCCUAUGGAUGACAGAAAUAUAUACAAGUGUUACAGUCAACCCAGGCACCUCUCUGUGUCGAUGGAUAAAUUUGGAUUCCGGUAAGAGAUCAAUUGCUAACAUUUAUUCGAUGCUAGCAAAAAAUCACAUAAUAAUAGCAUGGCUGUUAAUAUCAACAGUGGAUUAAUGUUAUCCAUGUUGGCUUGCUCACUCUACACUUGGAUUACUUAUGUUCCAAAGUAGCCUACUUCCCUCUUCUCUGGAACUGCUCUACUCUCAAAUCUGUGAUCUGUUUGCCUAAAGUAUAUUUUUAUUUGUUUCUUUAGAUACUUUACUUACUGUUCUUCAGCCAAGAGGCUCUCAGAACAGUUUAUAUAAAAAAUAAUGAUGCUUUUUUAAAAAAACAACAACAAUAAAACCAUUUGCCUUGUGGGAAUCAAGGUCUGAGGUCCAUUUUAGAUGUAAUGGGGAAGCCUUGUUUCCCAUAAUAUGAAUGAGCUGCUCUUUUCCUGCACUCACUUCUCCUCUGGCACUUGACAGAGAAGAGAGAAAGGGGGUAAAGGCAAGAUCAUCACGGCUUGAACAUGUAACAGGAAAUUAUGGUUUAUUGUCGUGGCUGAAUUAGGCCUGAAAAUGCUUGCAGGUUAUGUGUGCAACCUCAUUAGGAACAAGUUCUGGAGAUAUCAAAUGAGCUGUUGCUAUAUUGGUGGGAAGAUGAUUGCCUGAAAAGUGAAGUCUUGAGGUGCGUAAUGUGCUAAGUACAAAAGAAAAGAAUGCUGAUCACUAUGCAGUUAUUACGUUCUGCUGUAUUUCUGAUAGGGCAGGGAAUUAAAACCAGUUGCCUUCAUUUAGUGCAAUAAUAUUCCAACUCAUAAUAGUCCAACCUGGGGUGAGCGAAGGUUUUAAGUUAAUUCUGAGCUUACUACAUCCUGAUCUUUAGAAACAUAGAUUAUUCUCUUUAAGGCAAUGAGGAUUUUGUGUGUGUGUUGAAGCACAUAUUUCUAUGGCAUUUAUUGAUGUUACAUUUUAUAAUUGCUUUAAUGGAAACCACGUAGAGUGGCUGGGACAACCCAGUCAGAUGGGCAGGGUACAAAUAAUAAAAUACUUGUUGUUGUUACUGUUCUUAUUAAUGCAAUUAUUAAUACGUUAGCUUACAAUCGCAACUAGACGAGCAAUCCUAACAUCUUGGUGAUAGCAAAAACUAAUUUUUUUGAUGAGUUGCCUUUCUCUCUUUCAGCUUGCCUUACAAUCAGUAUUUUGGAGGAGUGUCUGCUUUGAGCAAGGAGCAAUUCCAAAAAAUCAAUGGCUUUCCCAAUAAUUAUUGGGGCUGGGGUGGUGAAGAUGAUGACAUUUAUAACAGGUAAGGCUCCUGUGGUGUAGUGUGGUCUAGUGGUUAAGAGCGGUAGUCUCGUAAUCUGGGGAACCGGGUUCGCGUCUCCGCUCCUCCACAUGCAGCUGCUGGGUGACCUUGGGCCAGUCACACUUCUCUGAAGUCUCUCAGCCCCACUCACCUCACAGAGUGUUUGUUGUGGGGGAGGAAGGGAAAGGAGAAUGUUAGCCGCUUUGAGACUCCUUCAGGUAGUAAUAAAGCGGGAUAUCAAAUCCAAACUCUUCUUCUUCUUCUGUGUCUCCCAAUUAAUAUAGAUUUCUUUCACUGUUUAGAGGAGGAGGAGAGAGGGAUUGCUCGUCUGGCAAACUGAAAUGUUUGAAUAAGCAGGACAUUCGUCAUAGUGUGACACUGAAUCCCAUUCCUUAUGUGCACUUACUAUAGGAGGCGCUUCUUAACAUCCCAUAGUUGGCCAAGAAAGUGGCUGCUUACAAGCAUGUGCCAGGAAGUGGUGAAAGAAAUCCUGCUGGCUAUGUAACCUGUCCCCAGCUGCCACACCUGCCUUUCUGGCUGUGACAUUAGCAAAUAGCUUACCGUAUUUUUCGCACCAUAGGAUGCACCGGACAAUAGGACGCACCUUGUUUUAGAGGGGGGAGAACAAGAAAAAAAAAUUCUCCCCCUCUCUGCCCAGCGCCCCUUCAGCGAAGCGGCAGGAGGCGCUGCGCAGAGAGAGGGAGAAUUCCCCCCCCCCUUGUUUUCCCACUCUAAAACAAGGUGCCGUUUAAGGUCCGUUCAGGCGGCUACCUUGGAAGCCUGGAGAGCGAGAGGGGUUGGUGCACACCGACCCCUCUUGCUCUCCAGGCUUCAGGUUCCUUUCGACCUGCUCUUUGGGGCUGGCGGGGGGAAGCCCACCACCAGCCCCAAAGAGCAGGUCAGGGAGCAGCGGAAAGGUGCAGCGGAGAGGCUCCUGCCAUAGCCGCGCGUCACCUCUCCAGCCGGUAGAGGGUUGCGGGGUGCUUCUUUAGCCCCAUGCGCACUCUCCCGGCUGGAGAGGUGACGCGCGGCUAUAGAGGCUCCUGCCAUAGCCACGCGUCACCUCUCCAGCUGGGAGAGGGUCGCGGGGCUAUGGCGUCUUCGCUCCAUAGGACGCACACACAUUUCCCCUUCAUUUUUGAAGGGGGAAAAGUGCGUCCUAUAGAGCGAAAAAUACGGUAACUUGUUUGUAUUUCAGCUUGAACUCCAGACAUUAGCCUGCAGUGGCUUGUAUCCAGAGAGGGCCAGGGAAUGGAGCUCCUCCAUUGUUUCCCUUUUCUUCCUGGCUCGCUGUCAAACGGAGCUGGCAGAAAGCAGGAGAUCCUGGGACAGUCUGCUGCUCUCCACUGCGCUGGGGUCACUGUUCUCCUUGUCUCUUUAGCGCCGCUCACUAAGCUGCAGAGCAAACAAGAGUCUGUCUUCCCACUGUCAAGGUCAAGCCUUUGGCAGCCAAAUGUUUCCAUUCAGGCUCUUUGAAAGCUUGCUUCCUCUUCACUAGUACUGUAGGGAAGUAUGAAGCUAGUCUUUGGAAGUUCCAGGAAGUCUUUACAUAGGAAUGCCAGGAUGUCCAUGUCUUCGGAGGAGUAGAAAAAGUGGGGAGUAUGGAUUGCAGGCACAAUAGUAUGGGAAUUUAUUUAUUUUUUUAAUAUAAUUUUUUAUUACUUUUUUUUAACAUAUCAUUUUCAACAGUAAUUAAACAUACCGUAUUUUUCGCUCUAUAAGAUGCACCAGACCACAAGACGCAUCUAGUUUUUGGAGGAGGAAAACAAGAAAAGAAAUAUUCUGAAUCCCAGAAGCCAGAACAGCAAGAGGGAUCGCUGCGCAGUGAAAGCAGCAAUCCCUCUUGCUGUUCUGGCUUCUGGGAUAGCUGCGCAGCCAGCAUUUGCUCCAUAAGACGCACACACAUUUCCCCUUACUUUUUAGGAGGGGAAAAGUGAGUCUCAUAGAGCAAAAAAUACGGUACUUUUACAUCUUAUUCAAAUUUUUGACUUCCAUCAAUCCUGUCUGAAAAUUUUCUAAUCUAAUCUCUCAGUAUGCAUUUCUUAUCUUCCCUAUUACAUUUCAGACUCAUAACCAAUAUCUCUAUCUUUUUCUACUUUGUAACACUUUGUAUAUUUCUCCUUACAAAACUUCUUGUAGUCCUACUAGCGUAAUUUGUUGAUUACAGUUGCUCUUCAAAUAAUUCAUCUACUUCUUCCAAUCUUCUGUAAAUCUCUGGUCCCGCAGGUUUCAAAUCCUUCCUGUCAUUUUGUCCAAUCCUGCAUAGUCUAUUAAUUUUGUCUGCCAUUCUUCUUUCGUCGGAAUUUCUUCUUGUUUCCAUUUCUGGGCUAACAAUACUCUUGCCGCAACAGUAUGGGAAUUUAAGAUGCCUAAGUCUUAAAUCCUUUUUUAAAAAAUGUAGAUGGUGUUUUAAGAAUACUGUCAAAGGAAAUGAAUUCACUGUUUCGUUUUCUCAAAAUAAAGGUUACUGGGACUCUGGGAACCCUGGACAGACUUCCUACUCUUUUAAUUCUAAGUGUGCUGAGCACAGGAUGUUGGAACUGUCAGAAGCCAAAGGAACUCUGAGCGUGAUCAGAAGAAUCCUUAUUGUAUAUUUUCAUUUCAUUUAAAGAAUGGGCGUUCCAGUAAUGGCAGAGGGCCGUGACGCUAAACGUUAAGCCAAAUGUUAACUCUGUUAAAAGUUAAAAGCAGAGUUACAAGACCAUGAGUACCUCUUUUCCCCUUUCCACUGUUGCUCAGAAACCUGCUUUUCAGCCCUCAAGCCCUUUAUUGCUAGGCUGAAGACAUGUUUUCAGCUACUUCUUAUUUCAGUGCUCCUUAAGGUGAGCCGUUCUUGACAUGAGAAGGUAAACAUCUCUUGACAAUUAUUUAUUUAGUUAGUGCCACUUCUACCCCCCUCACACCCAUAGCUGAAAAACACAAUGGAAGCACAAAAGUUGGGGAGUUGGGAAAAGUCGUCCAACAAAACUAAAAGUCAAAUGAAAUGAGUUGUACAGACUAAAAGCUGGGCUGAACUGUAAGAGUUGAAGGGCAGGCAUGGAGGCUUGUAGCCAACCCAGAGCAAAAGCAUCCUGACUCUUGCUUAAAGGAAGAGAGCCCCCAAUUCCUUUUGGAAACUGUUCCAUAGUUGAACUGUUCUUACCACUUCUUAAACUGCAGUGCACAAACUAAACACAGUGCCCCGGACGGUGACUGUGUACACACAUCCGAAGCACACUUUGCCUCUCAAAGAAUUCUGGGCACUGUGUUUUGUGAAGGGUUGCUGGGAACUGUGACUCUGUGAGGAGUAAACUACAGUACCCAGAAUUCUUUGAGGGGGUGAAAGUACAGUGGUACCUCUGGAUGCGAACAGGAUCUGUUCCGGAGCUCUGUUCACAUCCAGAAGCGAACGCAACCCGCGUCUGUGCAGGUUGCGAUUCGCCGCUUCUGCACAUGCGUGUGACAUCCUUUUGACCGUCUGCGCAAGUGCGAGCGGUGAAACCCAGAAGUAACGUGCUCCGUUACUUCCAGGUUGCCGCAGCGUGCAACCUGAAGAUACUUACCCCCAAGCUACUUCAACCCAAGGUAUGACUGUACUUCAAAUGUGUUUUAAAGAUAUAGUGUCUACACAGGCAGUGUCUGACUAAUGUGGAAUAAACAGGAACUAAUACUGCUUAUGACUUGGAAACCACAGUUUUGUUAACGUGGCAGGAGCCUUCAGUGUGUGUGCGGCAACAUAACUCUAUGCCUACCAGAAGGAGAUGAUAGCCACAACAUUUCUGCAACAGAUAUCAAGGCCCUACUUCCUAGGCACAACAAUUCUCAACCUCAUACAGAGUAGGAAUAUAAAGCAGGGCCUGGCUAGGGAGAGGCAGUUUCUGAAAUCCAUGGGGCCUGGUCUGGGAAGAGCUUUGAGAACAUAAAGGACAUAACAUUAUGGAGCAGGGGACAGGCAGAGAACAGUUUGCUGAACAAAAAUUGUUGUGGAAGCCUUCCAAGAGUCUUGGCACUUAAUCUGUAUUUCCUGAUGCUGCAGCUGCCAAAUAUCUCUUGGCUUACUAAUUAUGACUGGGGAAAGUUACAUUAGAAUUUGCAUUUUUAAGAAGAUAUGGACUUCUUUCUGGGUCAGCCUUCAGCCCAAUACAGUGAGGUAGUGCCAUCAGAAUUCACAGGGAUUGAACCAGCAUGUAGACAGAGUAAACACUGAUCUAUAUAUCUUCUUUAUAUAUACUUGUGAAAGUGACUUGUAGGUGUAUUGCAUUAAUGAGAUAAGUGUACUAUAAACUUAUAGCGAAAUAAGUGAUAACAUUAUUUAACUUUCAUUUCAUAAACUACUUUCAGCUGGACUGCUAUGUUUUGUUCCAUGGGCAUCUUUAAAGCAGGGAUGAGGAAACUGUGGCCUUCCACAUGAUGUUGGACUUUAUAGUACUCUUGACCAUUAGCCAUACUGGCUAUACCAGGGGUGUUCAACAAUACCUGGAGGACCACAGGCUUCCCAUCCCAUCCCUGGUUUAAAGCAUAGCUAUGCUUUUCUAUAACAACAGCCUCUCUAUUUGUGUGCCUUUUGCAGGAUUGUUUUCAAAGGUAUGAGAAUCUCCCGCCCAGAUGCUGCAGUUGGGAAAUGUCGGAUGAUUCGCCAUUCGAGAGACAACAAAAAUGAGCCCAACCCACAGAGGUAGGUCCUUCUUGAUUGUGUUCUGUACAAACAUCUUCAAAUGGUGGUACUGGGUGGCAGCCGGUGGUCUCUCUCAUGCUGCUAGCAGGCUUUAUGAUCUAGCAUAAAGAGAGCCAGUGUGGUGUAGUGGUUAAGAGCGGUAGUCACAUAAUCUGGGGAACCGGGUUCGCGUCUCCGCUCCUCCACAUGCAGCUGCUGGGUGACCUUGGGCCAGUCACGCUUCUCUGAAGUCUCUCAGCCCCACUCACCUCACAGAGUGUUUGUUGUGGGGGAGGAAGGGAAAGGAGAAUGUUAGCCGCUUUGAGACUCCUGAAGGGGAGUGAAAGGCGGGAUAUCAAUCCAAACUCUUCUUCUUCUUCUUCUAGCAAGGCUUCCUUCAGUGGGAGGUGAUUUCCUCCAAUUUCCCUCCUUGCAAGCUCCCAUACUGUUCAGGAAGUUCCUUCAAAGCAGACCUUGGAGGCUCACAGGAGGCAGGAAUUCGCAAAAAAAUAAAAAUAAAAAUUGCCUACCUUGCUUUCUGAAAAUGGUAGCCGUGACUGGGUGAAAGGAGCUUUCCGUCAGCAUGAAGGACACCAUUGGAUACAACACGUCCACAUUUUGCUGGCUCUCCUUUUCUUUAAUUUAAAUAUCUAACAGUGAAGAGACUCGUAUGGCCUGCUCAUAUUUAGAAUUGGUUGCUGGGGGGAGCAAGGUGGGGGGCUGCCUUUUUACAACGGAAAGGGUGUACAGGUGAGGGGUACAUAACCCUGCCAUUCUCCAUCUCCCUCUCCCUCUGCUCAGCAGUUCAAAUAUUUUCCUCUCUAGCCCAGCUCCACCUCAGCAUCAGAGCUGAGCUUGGAAGAGAAAGAUGCUUGAAGUGAUAGUUCACAAGGAAGUACCGUAUUUUUCGCUCUAUAGGGAGCACCGGACCAUAGGAUGCACCUAGAUUUGGGGGGGGGGAAUAAAGAAAAAAAAUUAUUUCCCCCUCCCCCCAGCCCCAAAGAGUAAAGAAGCCAAGACAGCGAGCGGGAUCCAUCCUGCUGGCUGUCUUGGCUUCAUCUUUAGCCGCGGGGCUGGGGCGGGGGAAGCCCGAGCUUCCCCGACCCCAGCCCCCAGAACGGGUCCAGGAGCGGCGGCUCCUGGAGCUUGCCGGGCUGCGGGUGGGGGAAACCUGAGCUUCCGCCGACCCCAGAACGGGUACGGGAGCGGUGGCGAGAUUGUGCGCAACCUCGCCUUCGCUCCCGGAGCUUGCUGCUAUCCGCAAGCCUUCUGAGCCCGGUGGGAACUCCCGCCGUGCUCCGAUGGCUUGCGGAUAGCUGCCUGAAGCCUGGAGAGCGAGAGGGGUCGGUGCGCACCGACCCCUCUCCAGGCUUCAGCGAAAGCCUUCAUUCGCUCCAUAGGACGCACACACAUUUCCCCUUCAUUUUUGGAGGGGGAAAAGUGCGUCCUAUAGAGCAAAAAGUAUGGUAAUUUGGGGUGAGGGUUCUGUUGUCCACCUGCACAAAUUUUUUAUGUAAGAAAGCGAAACUACUCCUCCUCUUUUAGAUGUGAAUGAAGCAGGCACACGGGUGGAAAAGUCUGCUCCCUACCAUCGUGUUUACUCUGGCUUCUCGGCUCUAAGCCAAAUGGAAAAGCGAGAGAUUGUUUUAUGCCUCUUUUCAGCCCAGAGCCCUAACUCUUCCUUGUCAAACUUGAAAGCUUGCACUGCAUCUUGAAACUGUUAGCUGGUUCAAUAGCUGGUCUCCUAGAUUUCUGUGUGAUAUCAGCACAAAUGUUUAUGUUAGGUUUGAGCAUUUGGGACAUAAAAUAUUUUGUUCUCUUCGUAUUAGCCCGAAUACCCUUUCAAGGAGGCAAAAGAAGCUUCUAUUUGCAAAUCAAGAUUUCCCAACAGUGAAUCUCUCUUGUUCUUGCAGGUUCAACAAAAUUGCUCACACAAAGGAGACGAUGAACUCUGAUGGCUUAAACAGUCUGAAAUACACAGUAGAAAGAACUGAGAAAUUCCCAUUGUAUACAAAAAUCACAGUGGAUAUAGGAUCACCAAAGAGCUAGCAUGGCAGAGGUGCAACAGAAGACUUGGAGAACCCUAAACAGGGGCUGCUCAUCCUAUCAGAAUUUUAUCCCUGCUGUUUCAUUACAAUCAACAUGAAAAAAAGGAUGCCUUAUUUUGCCAUUCUGAGGCCUUUCAGUUGGAUGGACAAUUAAGAAUUUUAAUCUCAAAACUCUUGCUAUGUGUGUCUCUCUUUUAAAGUUUAGAACUGUUUGUAGGAGUUCGUAAAUAUGUCAAUUUUUCAGGGAAUAGUAGUGACAUAUGGGCAAAAUCCACUGGGAAGUUUUUCUGUGCUAGCCCCAUAAGAAGGUCUGAAAGCUGCCUGAAGGCACCAUCCAUCCAUUCAUGUGGCUCCUCUGUGCCUCAGUGGGGCUUGCGCAAGAGAGUUGCAUCGUGGACGGUGCCCAUUGCUUACUGCAAUGUUCUCCACUAUAAAUAGCAGUAGCACAAACUUGGGAAAUACUUCUGCUUUAAAAUGGAUGGUGUAUUAUGCAAUUAUGGGCCAUUUCCCCCCAUUCAGUUUUAAAAUUGGGCAAUGUUUAUGAAAAUUCAGUGCUGUGGUUACCGUAUGAAGGACCGGAAAAUGCUGCUAAAAUUGUUUUUGAGUUUACCUCUUUUGAUACAGAUCCCCAUUCUUGCAGACAGGAUUGUUCUUGUCUUCUUAGCUAUUGAAACACCUAAAAAGAGGGAAGAGAAUUAGGAUUAUCAAAAAAAGGGGGGGGCUUCGAUUCUGUUCUGCUGGCAGAGGGAAUUUUAAUAUUUUGGGUCUCUUUUUCCUGAAAAGUGUCUUUGCGUGACAAAAAUAUUUAGGCUCUGACUCUGAGAGCAAAGUUCUCAACCCAGUUAUCUGUUUGACGUGGGUAUCUAUCCACCACAGGCAAAAAGCACAGUGAACUGGACUGCACAGUAUUUGUUUCAAUCCGAAUGGAUCUUUCUAGCCUCGUUGAAGUUGAUCUUGAAGUCCUCCUUCUGUCUUGGGGCAAACUGAAUGGUUAGAGAGAUCCCAAUACGCAUGCUAUAGUCCGGAGAUCAUGCAGUGCUUUCUCCCUGCAGUGAGGGAAAGAGGUAGAGGGGCAGAAUGCAAGCCUGAGACUCGGGGCCAAACAUAUGAGUUGUGGCCCAUGGACACACAAAAAGCAUUCCACGCGCAUUUUGCCCUGUUAAAAAUUCACUUGCUUACCUGAGUCAGUCCAUCUGUGUGUAGUGUUAGCAUUCCUCUUGUGAGCACACUCAGCCUCUUGAUCACUGGGGAACUACUGCCACACUUGAAUGAAUAGGCCAGGUAUUGCUCAAGGUAAGUGCUUCUCAAAGCCUGAGGAGCACUGCCUUGUGUAUUGGAAGGUCAAGCAACAUUCACUGUGCUUCCCAGUUUGCAAUAUGGGCUUGCCUCUAGAAGCACGCAAAGUAGCAGUGCGUGCAGCGCAGCCAAAGAUUUCGCAAGCCAACGAAGCCCGUUUCCAUUUGCAAGGCAGCGGCACCUAUGCAAAUCGGUAGGAUUUCAGGGAAGGCGCAGCAAUAGAUAGACUAAGGACCUGGGGUUCACUAAAUAAACAGAAACUCUCUAUGAAAGCACCUUAUUAAGCAGUGAGUAGGAAUUUGCCACUCUUCGGGGGGGGGGUUGGCUGCCUCUGUAGUCUGUAGCAGUGGAUGAACCAUUGACUUGUGAUGUAACUGCCUUGCUUGAGGUCAGUGGGCCUACAAAGCAUCAUUGUCAAUGAUGCCUGUAAGUCCUUGACAUUGGGGGGUUUGGAAUGACUUGCAUAAGUACCAUUUCUUGUUUGCCUUAUGCGUGUAUGCUGAAUUUCAUAUUCCUUUUUUACUGUUACAAUGCAAUCUGUUUCUCACUGAGGAAUGGCAAAAGGUCUGUAAUUCUGGGUUCAUAAGGUAGUCUCCUUUUUUUUAAAAAAAAUAUAUAUUUUGUCAGAUACGUUUACUAUUCCAAGGACUAAAUACUGUAUAAAUGUCAAACAAAACAAUUAUUUUUUUUCUUGCAGUGUUGUGUGUUAAAACGUGAAAUUCGCUGUUUUUAUUUUUGCAACAUGUUAUUGAAAAGUUUGCAGGGGGUUGUAUAUAAAACCUAAUAGCAUGUUAACACCAUCAAUACAAGCUGCAGGCAAAGUCACAUUUAAACCAGACUAAAAAGGGGGUUUGUGCACUUUGAUUUGUAUAAACCAUCCUUGUGAUGUUGGUGUGCUCCUUAAAAAGGUGGCCUUUUUAGUAUAUUGCUUGAGGAGAUAAAGACAUCUCCUAAAAUAUUUUUGUGAAUUCUCAAAAUAUCCGUCUGGAUGCCAUUGAAACUCAGGUCCUGUUUGGACGUUGUAUUUACUCCCUGCCCUCUCUGUACUGUCUGUGUGGAGAGGUGACAUGAUUGCAGUGCUGUUAGGUUACAAAAUUUAGAAUCAUAGGCUCAUAGAGUUGGGAGGGAACUAAAUACUUCUUCCAGAAUGUCAGAAUCUGUGUUUAUAGCAUCAGGCGUGCUCAAAACCAUUCACAGGACCUUCUUAGGACUCCAUAAAUGAAUGAGGAUGGGCUUUAACUUUAGCUUUCUGCUGCACAGCCUCCUAUUUCUGUGGAGGCACAUAAGUCAAUUCACUUCAUUUUAUGCCUUGUAUAUAGGAGCAUAAAUGAGGCAGAGACAGAGAAGUGAAUAUCUAAACCAGGCAACCUUGCCUUUACUCAAGAGCAGGAUCCCCCUGAUCAUUAGAGAGAAUAUUUUUAAAAGAUUAAAUAUCUCUGUGGGGAUCUCAUGCAUAGUCAUUAAUUUCUCUUCACAGUGAGAAGAGUUGAGGAAAGGAAGGUACAACCCUGUUCUGUGGAGAAUGUUGUUCAAACAGGUCCUGAGUUUCCUAACUUGAAGAGGUUUUGACUUAUUCUAAUUGGAUAAUUAAGGGGGAGGGAGGAAUACAAAGAAUUGAGCCCUUUUUUAUUUAGCUGGUAAUGUGUGUGUGUGUGUUUCAUUCAUGCAUGUUGGGUUUAACUUCUUUAUUUAUUUCAACAUACUGAGCCAAAUGCUUAGCCUUUUACUAUUGGGUGUGUGGGAAGAGGGCAAAACAACUGUAUAUCUGUAAUUGGAAGUGUAUGUCUUCCUCUCAUUUUAAAUAUGCUCAUUUGUGUUUGGAGUUGACUGCGAACACUCUGGAAUGUGCCGUAAUUGAGAAGUAACCUGGGAUUUUUUUUUAAGUCAAUCAAAUGCUAGGUGCAUUUUGAACCAAUGUUCAGGUAUUUCUUAUAGUGGGUAUACAUCUUGCUAUAGUAAUUGACUUGGGUUGUUCUACAGCCCUUUCACCUAAGUAUUUGGGGAGGAAUCCAUACUGUGCUGUAUAUUUGCAUGGAGCAUUUCCCUGAAGAAAUGCAGCCCCAGAAGAAAUGAGUGGGCUGGGGUCAGUUAGGGAAGCAAGAGUAUUAAAAUGCACACACUAGCACCACAGUCUAGCACAGACAUACUUUUUCCUUGCAGUGGUGGAUCAGUGCACCCAUAUAUACCCAAGACAUUUGCAUCCGCACCAUACAUUCAAAGCACCGUUAUACUACUUGAACAGACGGGGAGAACCCCAAGAACUGUAUCACAGAAUCAGAGAAUUGUAGAGUUGGAAGGGACUCCAAGGAUAAUCUUGUCCAACCCUCUGCGAUGCAAGACUGUAGCUCUCCCGUACGGGGAUCGAACCUGCAAUCUUGGCGUCAUCAGAACCACGCUGAAGUAUCUAGGCUGACUGUAGUUCAGGGGUUUGGGGAAACUAGCCCUGUGAGGCCAGCACCCUUCACAAAACUACAGUUCGCAGUCCAUGUCUAUUAAAGAGGUAUGAUAUUAUUUUAAAUGUAUGGUGUGAAUGUGGUAUUGUAUAUGAGGAAGAAAUACCAGUAAUUCACUUUCCAAGUAAUAUGUGAACAAGCUUUGGAACCCAGCUGUAUGCUUCAGUAUGGUGGGUUUUUAAAAAGUUAUGGAGAUUAGUGCCUCCCUAUUAUUUUUAUGUAUCCAGUAGUUAAGGAAACUAAAUAAAACCAACCAACCCGUGCCUGUUGUUGAAAUAACCAGUCUUUUAGCUCUGCGAGAGCUACUGGGAUGCCCACCCUCCAGAAAUAAAAUUGCUCUUUCUGGAAAUUUCUAGUCUUUCUUCCUCAGAAAGCAGGUAUGUAGGUUACAUAUUGCAAGCUGAAGACACAAUAGUUUUUAAGAGACUUAAAUAUUAAGCACAUAAGAAGGAUCGUGCUAGAUCAGGCCGGUGGUUCAUCUAGUGCAGUAUCCUGUUCUCACAGGAUACGUGUGGGGGGAAACUAAAGCAUGUUGUUUGUGAAACACUUCGCUUCCCACAGCGUAUGCACAUAUUCUUUUUGUCCCACUGUUCUACCUGCUCAGGUCAGUUUUUUGGGGUUUGGGGAGUGAUAAGAGGCACCCCCCCAAAAAAAAAUAAAUUAAACCAUGGUAAAAUUGGGCAGAGCAUGCACACACCUCUUUCACACUGCCUUUAACUCUCAGAAUAAAUUGCCAUCUCUCUAUGGCUUCACUGGACUUUGGAAAGCAUUUAAAAACUCUUGUCCAAAUCUGGUCCAGGAUGUCGUUAGGGGGAGUGGGCACAUUCGUACUAUGCAAGCAACUUUUAAGUUGCACAUCAUAAAUAGCUUUGCUGUGUGUUUUUGUCUCUUUGUGUGAAGAUCGGGAGGGGGGGGUGUCAUAGAAACCACAUUGAAUUACCUGAGAAUACGUUUUAGCGCUCUCAGCUUCAAAGGUUUUGACGAAAGUGCCUUUAAAAUAUGUUCAUAGCAAGGGAGGGCGUGGCAGGGGGAGGAAUUGCUCCACAGAGCAGCAUUUGAUAAAUUCGCAUUGCUGUGGCUUGGUGACUUAUAUUUUUGCAAGAAACUACAUUAAAGACAUUGUAAACAAUAAAAGUUGGUGUUUUUAAUUUGA